AGUCCGUCCGUUCUCUCUCUCCCGAUUGUAACUUCAGCUCACCCCUGCAAGAGGCGUCAGUUUGCAACAGCAGCAGCAGCAGCAACUGCCAACGACUGCGUCUUUGCUCCGGCUGGGAAGGCUGAAAAAACAAAAAAGAACCCCCCACCCCCAGCGGAGUAGAGCCUUGACUUCUACUUUUCCAGAGGCAGGGGACGUCGGAUCCGAUAGGCCAGGGUCGACCGGCUCUUCUCUCGCACACCAUUGACACUGCACCUGCUCCAACUUAGGAGCGCCUCGCGUGCGCCCCACGGCCCAAGGGUGGCCCUGCGGCUACUGGUCUCCGUCGGAAGCUAGUAGAAGAGCCUGGUUCUCUCAGCUGACACCCCGCCCAGUCGAGGAGUCUCCAGGACCUGCCCCGGGCCAAAGAGAAGUAGCACAGCAGGCUGACCCCCACCGCCCUGCCCUCCAGCGACAUCAGCAUCCAGGAGAGAUCAUGGACGUGCCCGUCAGUCUGGGCAGGGUCAAUCCUCGGCCGCCAGCGAAGGCUUUUCGGAGCGCCUUCCAGAACCUGUUUAAGAAUGUCCGCGAAGUGUUUCAGAGCCCCGGAUCCUUGCGAGAGGAGGCUGGCCCCAGCCACCAGGCGUCGGCGUCCGCGAUGGAAGGGUCGUCUUCCUCGGGGUCCCGCUUGCAAGAGCCCAGCGCCUACCAGCAAGACUCGGGUUCGCCCUCUUACCUGCUGCUGGAAGAGCAGUCCCAGGUGAGCAAAACGCUGCAGUCCCCCGAUGGGGGGGAGGCGUCCUUGUCCUCGCCCUCGUCGUCCGCUCCGUAUUCUCUGGCCCUUCUGGGAGGCUUCUCUUUCCAGAGUCGUCCCGGGGACUUCAAAGACAUUCUGGGCAACAGCAGUCUUCAGCAAAAAGCAGAAGGAGGCGAGCCUCGCGGAGGAGGUGAGGAAGCCCCUUCCGACAAAACUGACUACCUGGGCGUGAGUGCCAAGGAGCUGCGCAAAGCCAUCUCCACCUCUAUGGGCUUGGCGGUGGAAGCGCUCGAUGCGCCCGGCGUCGGCGAAAUGGCGGCGACCCACGGCGACAGCAUGUUCGCUGGCGCGCACCCUCGACCCCUGACUCUGGACGGCUGCAAGAUCGUGGAAGCCAAGAAGGGAGGCGCUGGAGGUGGCGAGGGCGUGCUGGCCAUGGACAUGCCGGGCCACCCAAGCCUCUACAAGUGCUCUCUGGAGCUGGAGGAGCCGUUGGGGACCUUCCCGAACCGCGACUACUACAACUUUCAGCUGGCCCUAGCCUCCCAUGGGGGGUGCAUCAAGCUAGAGAGCCCCUUGGAAUACGCACCCGGCAGUGCUGCUUGGGAGCUGCAGUGCCGGCGUGCUGGAGACGUGCCUGCUGCCUUGGCGCCCCACUAUGCUGGCCCUCCCGGCCAGAGACGGCACCACUUCUUCACCGAGGAAGAGCAACUCUAUGAAGGUGGCCCCCCCACCUAUUUUGGCUAUGCCAGGAGCCAGGGCCCAUUGGAACAAGAGGGUGCCACGCUCCAACCAUCCAAUGUGUUGUACCCCGGGGGCAUGGUGGGCAGGAUGCCCUUUGCCCCUGCCGCUGACUGCAUCAAGACGGAGCUCCCUCCGUGGAUGGAGAGCUACACAGGGGCCUACGGAGACAUGAGGUAAAGGGCUAACAUGCAAAGACCGUCCUCGCCAAAGGCUGGUAGGGUUUUGCAAAACUCUUGUAGGUGAGUUGGAGGGGAAAGAUCCCAGGUUUUCAAAAAGAAGGGGGAGGCUUGCAACCAGUAUUUUUUAGCCUGAGUUUUAUUUUAGGUUGGUUGGGUGUGUGUGGAUUGCAUGAACUCUUGAGCACAUCUCCUGCAAUUUGCUUGGGUGUGAAUUGGUGCAGGCCAGGGGUCCAAAGGAAGGCUUCAAUCUAAGGGUAGCUGGUUCAAGGCCCACCCUGCUUUGGACAGGUAUAGACCAUCAGGUUUGCAGCCUACCUGCUGAGCUUGUCAAUCGGGUGUAGAAAAACCACAUUUUAAAAAACCCACAUCAGUUUUAUUGGGGUAAAUUGUCAGUUUGUUCAGUCCUGAUGAUGAUGCAUCUUUCGUUAGACUGACUCUGAACAUCAGGAUUUUGGGGAAAUUUUUUGAAGUGUUGAUUUCAUUGGCUAUAGUGACUUUUUGGAUUCUUAAUACAGUUGGAUUCCUCUGCCUGAACGUAGCAUUGUUUUGUUGUUUUGAGUGAGAUUCUGGUAGAGUUCACUGCCGUUGCUUCUCUCAUGACUCGUUUGGGAAGGUGCUUGUGCCAGAAUUUCCAUACUCUGAACCUACCUCGGACUUUGAAACGUUGGCACAGAGAGAACCCCUUUGUGUGUAGGCAUGAAUCUCAUAUUGGGCUGCUUUUGGUUUGAAGACUUCAGCUGCUCGCCAUUUUGUCCUGCCUUCUAGAAAUGCAGCUCAGUGAUAAAAGCACAGCUGUCAUGCUGUCCUGUGCUCUGGCCUGCAACUCCCUCUCCCUUGCCCCAGCCCUCAUUUUCAUGGAAGGGUCACUGUCCAUAAGUAGCCUUAAACUAUUGGUGAGUAAUGCAAAUGGUACCUGUGUGGUGCUUGCAAGCAUCUUAGGCGAUGCAUUGAUGUUGACCCAUAGAAACUUUAGAGUCAGGGGAAAAGGGGUUGGGUCUCCCGGAUCAAAAGUUGAUUCAUGUGUGAAUCCAACUGUAUUAUGCCUAAACCACCCUUCUAUUUGGGCCAUUUUGUACACACAGCAAGAAUCGGUUCCGUCCAGGACAAAGUGGAAAUAGGUUAGAAUGGAAGAUUUUGCAUGUCUAAUACCUGGAACUGUGACUGUAACAUUUCAGUUGCUUCCCAAGAAAUUGUUUUUGACUUGGGUUGGACUUUUAGGGAGCAAAGUAUUUAAAUUCCCAUCGGAGUCUCAUCCAUGAAUUCAACGUAUCAAUUUUGCACACACCCACACCCAUGGGAAACAUUUUGGGAGCUUCAGAUAUAGAAAUUUCAUAGAUUGGGGAUGAGAAUCAAGCUAGGCUUCCCAAGUGUUUUUUAUUUUAUAUUUUAAAUAAUAUACUUUCUAAGCACAGUAGUUGACUACCCUUUCCCUUCCUAAUACUUUUUUUGGGCCAUAUCCAACCCUCUGUGGAAUCUAAUGGAAAGGCUUCCCAUUGACGUCAACGGAGCUGGAUUAGACCUUUACAUUUGCAACUCGUGGCCCCGUUGCAAUUUUAAAGCAUUACAGUCUGAGCUGUUAAAUAAUAUUUAUUUCUCACAUUAUUGUUGGAUGGUAAAACCCACUUGCCUCAAAACGGAACAGCUGAAUCUUGCUUGUGCAGAUGGCUGGCCUAAUGGAUUGCUUACGGGCAAGUAUAGAAAAGCUUGUUUUCAUUUUACGGGAAACUGGACUGCAGCUCCAUUGGACAGAUGGUGAUGUCUCCUCUCUCUCUCCACCCCAGUCAUAAGGCCUGCAGUCAGAACUUUGGUGGUGGUGAGUGACAUAGAUCUACCCAAUAAAGCAAAAUAACUAAAUGCAACUACAAUAAGAAGUUACUGUAUUUUUAAAACAACAUUAAUGAGGUUUUUAAAAAUUAUGUGACAGCUGCUCAAUAAGCUAUUCAUGAUCCCUGUGUCUUUUCCUGUAAUGGUGCAAAUUGGGAACAGGUUUAUUUUUUACUGAGCAGUUUGAUAGAAGACUGUCAGCUUGUCCCCUCCCUACUUAUCAUAAAAAACAGACUAGAGUCACCUUUCCACCAUUUUUUAGUCCCAUUCAUUUCAAUGGGUGAAUCAAGAAAGUGCUGAAAUUAUUUCCUAUUAAAACAAAACGUAAUUUAAAAGUGUUUAAUUGUAGUCUCUUAGCAGACCCUACAAUUCCAUGAUGGGUCUAUUAUUUGUUAGCUAUGAUUCCUGCAUUGCAGGGAAUCGGACUAGAUGACCCUUGGGUCCCUUCCAGCUCAAUAAUGCUAUUCUAUGAGGCCCUGGGGCUAUUUAGCUUGGUUGCAAAUCUCUUUGAUUGUGGUGUGUUUGAAAGCUCUCCAACCUCACUUUAUUUCCAGGGCCAGGAAGGUUUGGGUGUGUGUGGCCCAACUAAACUAUAUAUUUAAAGUGUCAUCAUGCCAUUGUAACCAGCCAUGGCUUACUCCAAAACAUCCAGGGGAUUGUAGUUUGUUAAGGGUCCUGAGAGGUGUUAGGAAACACCCCCCCCCCCAUUCCUCUCCCGGGGCUGCAAUUCCAAAAGUGAUUUAACACUUAACAUAUUUGACUGGUUGGCCAGUUCCUGAGCAGGGACAGCCUGGCCACUGUAGUCCAUGUGUUGGUAACAUUAAAGCUGGAUUACUGCAAUGAGCUCUAUGUGGGGCUGCCCUUGGGCCUGGUUUGGAAGUUCCAGCUGGGGUAAGAAUGCUGUGGCCAGAUUGCUGAUGGGAACUUCUGGCUGGGGACACCAUUUUUAGAACAGCUGCACUGGCUUCCCGUCUCCUACCGAUACAGGCUCAAGGUCCUUGUAUUAAGUUACAAAGACCUGAGCAUCUUAGGCCCAGGGUACCUCAGGGUUCAACUGAACCCUCACACCCCAGCUUGAGAUCAUUUGCAGGAGCAUUGCAGGUCAUUCUCUGAGUUGAUGAGGCUCAUUUGACAGGUACCUAGUACCAACCGAUCAGCUUGACAUCUAGAACAGAUCAUUAAACAGUUUGUCUGUGAGUGCUUAGAAAAGGAUGCUGUGAUUACUAAGAUCCACCAUGGGAGUCUCAAAAACAAGUCAUGCCAGACAAAUCACAUUUCUUUUUUUGGUAGAGUUACAGGCUUGGUGUAUCAGGAAAGCUGUGGACAUAGUGUAGCUUGUCCUCCAUGACAUUCUUGCAGAGAAAUUGUUAAAAUUGUUAACAAAAUGUGGGCUAGACGAAGUAACUGUUAGGUGGAUUUGUAGCUGGCUGACUGACCGAACCAAGAGAGUGCUCAUUAAUGGUUCCUUGUUAUCCUGGGGGGAAAGUGACAAGUGGGGUGCUGGACCUCCCUCUGCAAGUCUCAUCCUCCUGCAUCUUUAAACACAGCAGCUGAAGCAUGGAUAUCAGAAAGGAUUGGUGGUUUUCUGGUAGGAAUGUAAAUUGGUGCAAGAUUAUUGGUAUUUAAUUUUGGCAGAAAUGAUAAAUACUGUAUUACUGAAGAAACUAUUAUUUGUUGUCCAAAACUACGGUAAUGUUAUUGAAUAUUUUUGAUGAUACAAAUGUAGCUGUUGUAUUGCCAAAAGGAACUUGUAACGAGCCUCAAAGCACAGCCUUGAACAGUUGCUUAGCAACAAGAAUUCUCCCCAGCAACAGGUGUCCUUAUCAGGGCAUGCAGUGUGGUGAGGCCGUCAGUGUCUGUGUGAGUCAGUGUGGCUGCCUGAGGAACUCUGCUGAGACAAAGAAAAGGAACCCCAAGAGUUGGCGCUCACAUACUAACAGAUAUAUUGUCCAAAGAACUGGUCUCAUAUAUGAUCUUGGCAGCACAAGUAGUAAUUGCAAGUCAGUGGAAACAUAGGGGUACCUAGACUCCCUUGUGCCCUUGGCAAGGAGCUGUAUUGGCACAUACACCCCCUCCAAUCCCUUGAGUCUUUGUAAGGAGCUGCAUUGGUGCUUCUGAAGGCCAGAGAGACCAUGGACCAGAAACUCAAAAGGUUUGCUUUUCACUGCCUUUUGUGCUCCCCUAGUGACUUCCUCCAUGGCCAUUGGGUUGGGUCUGCUCUCCUCCAUCUCCAUCCCUCUUCCUCCGUUGGUCCAUUUGUCUCCCUCCCUCCCUCUGCUUGCUUGCUGCUUUCCCUUUUGCCUCCUUGCUCCCCUUUCCCCCCUCCUGUAACUCUAAUCUGCUCUCUUCAUCUUUCAUCCAUUUUUUCCUGAGACAGAUGAAUCCCAACCAGAACUGCAAAGUGUGCAGAAGAUGACAACCAAAACCACCCAAGCAUUUGAAGAAGCUCCUAUGGGAGGAAAAGCAAAAGUGUUUGGGGCUUUAUAGUUUAGGGAGAAGCACAAGAGCCUGACUGCUGGAUCAGGCCAAUGGCCUAUCUAGUAGGGUGGUUCAUAAAUUUUUUUUUAAAAAAAUGCCUGCUCCAAAGGUCUUAUCUUACUACACUAGGGAUUAUAUAGCUAUAUCUGAAAUUUCAUGCAUACCAGUUAAUAUCUUGACCCUGCUCCACUGAAUUGAAAUUUCAUCCUUCACGACAUAGGGAAACGGCCAAGUAAACAGCUAUUUUCAUGGAGGAGGGUCAAUCAGAAGGUUGGUGGUUUGAAUCCCUGCGAUGGAGUGAGCUCCCGUUGCUCUGUCCCAGCUCCUGCCCUAGCAGUUCGAAAGCACUCCAGUUCAAGUAGAUAAAUAGGUACCGCUUGGGCCGGAAGAUAAACGGUGUUUCCAUGCGCUCUGGUUUCUGUUACAGUGGUACCUCGGGUUAAGUACUUAAUUCGUUCCGGAGGUCCGUACUUAACCUGAAACUGUUCUUAACCUGAAGCACCAUUUUAGCUAAUGGGGCCUCCUGCUGCUGCCAUGCUGCCGGAGCAUGAUUUCUGUUCUCAUCCUGAAGCAAAGUUCUUAACCUGAAGACUAUUUCUGGGUUAGCGGCGUCUGUAACCUGAAGCGUAUGUAACCCGAGGUACCACUGUACAGUGUUACGUUGCGCCAGAAGUGGUUUAGUCCUGCUGGCCACAUGACCCGGAAAGCUGUCUGUGGACAAGCGCCGUUUCCCUCGGCCUGAAAGCGAGAUGAGCGCCACAACCCCAUAGUCACCUUUGACUGGACUUAACCGUCCAGGGGUCCUUUACCUUAGUCCUUAGUUAUUUGUGUGUCUCCCCCCACCCCCUUCUCCAGCCUCAAGGGCUUUUAUCUUGUUUAUCAGCUGAUUUUGUAUUUUAGAGGGAGGUGGUCUUCAGACUAAGCAGAAAAGCUUUCUAAGUCCAUCUUUUCCAGGCAGGACAUAAUUACCGUAGCUCACAGUAUCCUUAGUCACAAUAUAUUAAUUACAUUAAUACAUUUGUGACUCAUUUCCUCUGAAACAUCUCAGAGAAAUUUAACAGCAAAAAAAUCUAAAAAACACUUCAAUAUACGUAUGAAAACGAUUUCGAAUCCGAAACAGACACAGACUGGAUUUUUAAAAAAUCCACUUUAAGAGCCUGUUGAAAACAAGGAUUCAGCAGGCAACAACUGGAUAAUGAACAUGACACAGGCCUGAUAUGUAACAGGAGGGAGCAAUGCCAUAAUGUGGGUUGCCGGUGCUCAGGGUGGGGCAAAUGUUGCGCUCCCUUGGUGGAUUGGGCAACCGGGGUGGGGGCAUGUGCAGAGCCCACGAGGCACAUGGCUGCCGGCACUGCUGCUAGUGGUGGUGGCAGCUGCAUGCCUUUUUGGCUUGGUGGUUUUGCCACCUCCCAGCUCAGCCAGCCCAGGGGCAUGGCAUGGUCAGACAUCCCUUUGCUGGCCACAAGGAGAAGGAGGCACCACUCCUGUCCUGAAGGCCCCUGCCCAGGUGCAGCUUGCCUCCCUGUGGUUCCGGAAGGCAGCAGGAGCUCAGCCACACAAGGGAGCCUGUUGUGGGGUACAGCCUCUCAGAAUUUUGUGCCCAGGGCCACCGCCUCUCUGCACCCCCCCCCCCGCUAUGCCACUGGAAGGGAGAUCCAAAGGUAUGUGCCUUCACAUUCAAGCCCUGAUUCCUACAACAUAUGAAAUGGACUUCCUGAUAUAGUGGCAUCUGCAGGAGACCCUUGUAGAAACAAUUGAUUACCUCACCCCCAAAAUGAUAUUGUGGAGCUGGAAAAGGUUCAGAAAAGGGCAACCAAAAUUAUCAAGGGGAUGGAGCAAUUCCCCUAUGAAGAAAGGCUGCAGCAUUUGGGACUUUUUAGUUUAGAGGAAAGAUGAAUAAGACACAGUAUGAUAGACGUUUAUGAAAUUAUCCAUGGCCUGGAGAAGGUGGAUGGAGAAGAGCUUUUGUGCUCAAAUCCUGCUUGCUGGUUCCCUUUGGAUCAUCUGGUUGGCCACUGUGAACACAGGAUGCUGAACUGGAUGGGCCAUUGGCCUGAUCCAGCAGGGCUUUUCUUAGGUUCACAUGUUCUCUUUCUCUCUCUCUCUCUCUCUCUCUCUCUCACACACACACACACACACACACACACACGGAAUGCAUGAAGCAGGAUUGUGGUACAUAGUGCCAGUAUACCAUGUUGCCACACUCCGUGAGGCAGGUGCACACUUUCAGCUGAACCCAUGAACAUUCAAAUCAUGGGUGGGAUCACAGCAGCGACAUCCCCACCUGCAUCAGCUCCAACAGCUUAGUUCUUGACCUUCUUGCAUUGAGCAAGGCUGCACUGCAAGGUUUCCUGCUCAAAUUUGCUUGAACCCUAGUCGGAUCCGCUGUGCAAUCAGGGCUCCCACUUACGUUUCAGCAAACACAAGUGAAAGACCCUUGCAGACCUUUCCCUCACCCCCAUUAACAUUAACAUCAUCAUCAUCCAGUGGCACCUGCGCUCGCGUUACCCUUGGGUAACGUAAAUUUCGGGUUGCGAAAGCGGCAAACCCAGAAGUGUUUUGCCGCGUGCGCAGAAGUGGUCCCUCCGGUUGCGGAGACAUCGGGAUCUGACCAGAGCUCUGGAACGGAUCCUGCCUACAACUGGAGGUUACCUUCGUUGAGGUAAAAAACUCAAUCUGGGAGGACAGUUAUUUAUGCUUCUUGAAACACUUGCUGAGUUUUGAACUUCCCUGUUCCACUUCUAGGAUCAAGUAACCAUGUUCAGUAACACGGGGAACCCAAUAAAUAAUUUGGAUUUAUUAUCACAUUAGUUUAAAUGGGAAGAUGUGGGAAACCCAGGACAACAUCUUGGAUCAACCUUGAAACUCAGAGUAGAACUAAAUGUCACUGAAAUGUCUUAUUCGUCCUGUUUUUCCCCCUCUAGAUUUUAUUGCUGAGCUGUUUGAUAACCGUUUUCUAUUUUCAUGUUAGCUGCCGUGGUAGGGUUAAAAAGUAUUUUAACUAACUAGGGGUGUGUGGGGAAACUGUGGGCGUGAGAACAAUUUGUCUACUUAUUAAGACCUUAAGAUGUAUUGUUAUUAAUUUGCAUUUAUAGCCCACGUUUUUGCUCCAGGAAGGUCACGGUUUCAUACAUGGUUCUUCCCCUCUUCAUUUAAUCCCCACAAAAACCCUGUGGGCAGCCCCACCAUAGGUGGAGAAAGGUGCCUCUUUUCCCAACAGUUCUGAGAAGAUUGUGAUUGUCGGAAUAUUCUAGAAGAAACUUGUAAAUGGCCUUGAACAAGUUUCUAGGCAAUGAAAAAUUUCCCCAUCAACAGGUGUCCUUAUCAGGGCUUAUGUCAGGCUGCGAGGCAAGGCUUAUCCCGCCCCCAUCUCUGUAGAUAACAGCACAAAGCAAAAGCAGUCUUUUACAGCAACAGAAAGGUUUAUUAAACACAGCACAAAAUCCAGCGUCCAUUCUCACCAUGCAGGUGCUCCCAAUUGAGUUCCUCCCACUUCCCUCUAGUUAUUUCUGUCCUCCCGUCUCCUAACCACGUGAUCCCUCCACCAUUGUGCUAGUUUCUGUUUGCCACUGAGCAGCUGCAUAGAGUCACAGGACUCUGUUUACAUUCCAGAGACAUUCCAGGCUGUUGGAAGUCUCAUGGGAGAGGAGACGGGAUGUGACGUUAGUGGCUUCCUGUUCCUUUGUUCCUUUGUUUCAGUUGCUCUCUGCUUUUCAUAGAGAAGAGGAUGUAUAUUUCUUUGCUGUCUGCGUAGUAAGAAAUAAAGCAUAGCGAUGUAGCCAUAAAUCAUAUCAGUUCCGUGUGCUAUUUUGGAUUCUCUGCUGAAUGGAAUGUGCCUGAGGCCUUAUCAGAGGCUCAGGUCAUUAAUUAUUCGUUGGGAGGGCGAUUCCAAAGGCUUGGCCGGAAAAUGAGUUUUAUCAGCUUGGCCGAGCAGAGAUCCCGACACAUUGAGCCUUCUGAGAGGCUACCCUUUCCAAUUGUCUAGCUCUAGGACUGAUAGGCUGCAUGCUUUCUAGUGCAUAGCUGUCAACUUUUCCCUUUUCUUGUGAGGAAUCCUAUUCAGAAUAAGGGAAUUUCCCUUUAAAAAAGGGAAACGUUGACAGCUACGUUCCAGUGAGGGGGAGUCAACCAGCUCUCUCUCCUCCUCUUCCCCUUGUUGUUCUCCCAGUUCGGCCCAACUAUCAGUCUCUGAACUGUGUCCCUCUGCAAACCAUUGCUCUAGGUUGAUACUAUCCUCCUGCUCCUGUGGAGUUUCAGGAUCCUGGCCUUGAGCAGAGGGAGGGGGGGCUCCCACCAUUCCAAUGAAGUAGUCAAUUAAAAGGCAUUUAUUUUAAUCACCAAUUUAGAGAGGAAACAAUCAAGUAUUUGGUUGCAAAGGCCCAAAAUGCAAAGCAAAGAGAGCCUGUUUCAAAGGCCCAAAAUGCAAAGCAAAGAAAACCUGUUUCUCUGCUGCUAGCCGAGUUCACUCAGAGGUAAACUUGACCUCCAAACUGAUAUAGCCAGGUUACCUUGGGAACGCAUGUGAGAGAAGCAUGUAAGAGAAUCUCGCCUGCAAAUGUAGUAGGGAAGUGAGAAGAGAUAAGAACCCAGGACUUGUCAAAGCUCUGCUAAUUAAGAAGAUUUCUUAGGCUUGAAGACGAAAACAGCCUUUUAAAGUAAGUGACUGACCAGCUGAGUUUCUCCCAAGCACAUUAGAAAAUAAAAUAAAAUAAAGUAUAUUCAUUGCUCAGAAUCAUUUGGAUUAAAUAAAAACCUAGCAAGUUUAAUAGAAAGAAGUUUGUUUAGAGAAAUGAGAAAGGCAGCUUAAAAAUACCAACACUAAAAGUGCUUGCAUGUAAAAGGCGUUCUCUCUGCUGAACACCAGUUCAAAUGACUAGCAAAUUCUCUUUGAAGUCCCAGUUAAGGACAAGACAGCUCAUUAGUGCUAUGAAACGAAUUCCAGAUGCUCCUCUUAAGCUGAAGUGUGUAAAGAACGACAUCACCACAGAUGAAAAGCCUGUAAUUUUAAAGGUGCUUUAUGAAUACAAACAGCGCGAGCUGGAGAAUGAUUUUAAAAGGACAAUUAAAAUCAUUUAAAAGACUUGUCUGGGGACCUCAAAAGGCACCUGAAAAGGUGGAGAGCCUGUCUAAUAGAAGACUGCUGUAAUAGGGAAUUCUAAGUUCUUGCCAUAUCCAAUCCCUCGUGCUGUGCACAUAGGAAUACAAAAAGCACAUUCAAGGUCGCAGUGAACAGACUAGUAAGAUAAGAACUGGACAGUUACUGGCUAGAGCAUGCUAAUGAGGGUGGAUCAAAGCAAAUACCGCAGAGCAGCAGAGAAAGUUUAUAAGUUGUAAGAUUGCUCUGAAAACAUAUAUCAAAGGCAAAUAGGGAAAUCACAAAUGAGAAUAAUAGGAGGCAGGUUAGAAGCUGACAGUUCCUCACAUACAUAAACAACUUAAUUUUUUUUGGGGGGGGGGGGAUUUCUGCCCCAAUAAUCCCUAACAGAAACGCUUCAGGAUUUUUUUAUAUUAAAUGGUGUUUUAAAUAUACAAUGGUAGCUCGGGUUAAGUACUUAAUUCGUUCCAGAGGUCCGUUCUUAACUGAAACUGUUCUUAACCUGAAGCACCACUUUAGCUAAUGGGGCCUCCUGCUGCUGCCGUGCUGCCGGAGCACAAUUUCUGUUCUCAUCCUGAAACAAAGUUCUUAACCCAAGGUACUAUUUCUGGGUUAGCGGAGUCUGUAACCUGAAGCGUAUGUAACCUGAAGCAUAUGUAACCCAAGGUACCACUGUACACUUAAGUGCACAGUGCCUUGGAAUGUGACGCCCAUGUAAUAUAAUAUAAUAAUAAUAAUAAUUUAUUAUUUAUACCCCGCCCAUCUGGCUGAGUUUCCCCAUCCACUCUGGGCGGCUCCCAAUUGAGUGUUAACAACAAUACAGCAUUAAAUAUUCAAAACUUCCCUAAACAGGGCUGCCUUCAGAUGUCUUUUAAAGAUAGGAUAGCUGCUUAUUUCCUUCACAUCUGAAGGGAGGGUAUUCCACAGGGUGGACGCCACUACCGAGAAGGCCCUCUGUCUGGUUCCUUGUAACCUCACUUCUCGCAAUGAGGGAACCGCCAGAAGGCCCUCGGCACUGUGUCCGGGCUGAAUGAUGGGGGUGGAGAUGCUCCUUCAGCGUAAAUUGGGAGUUGCCUGUGUUUAUAUGUGCAGGUCUUUCUCCCAUGCGAAUCCAUCUUUGAGGGGGUGUGGGACCUCUGUGCUCUGUGUUUCAGAGCUGAGGAACCUAGUUGUGUUGCUGUGCCUUUACACAUAUGGCAAGUGUGCAGCUGUGCAACUCCCCCUUUCGUGUAAAGCCCUAAAAGUACCUCCUCCUCCACCUUUCAGGCAAAGAGGUGACAUGACUCUUGCUCUUUGUUUCAACUGGCUGUAGCUUUCAAAGGAAGUGGCUGGGUCAGUGCCACCCCAGUGCCCACUAGUGCUUCUUGGCUGCCUCAUCCUCUUGCCCCCCGGUAAAUCAUCAUUUACUGAAUUUGUUAAUCACUCUUCUUACAGGGUAAACUCAAAGCAACUUACAUUAAAACCAAUUAAAAACCUAAAGCCACAACGCCACCCUGGAUAGAGAAAGUGGAUAGAGAAGUUUCCCUUCCUCCCUCUCUCUCAUAACCCUGGAACUCCUGAACAUCCAACAAAGCUGAAUUGGGAGAUUCAGGACAGGGAGAAAAAAAGUCCUUCAUGAGGUGCACUGUGCAUGAGGUGCACAGUUAAAUUGUGGAACUCACUCCCACAGAAGGCAGUGAUGGCCACCAACUUGGAGGCUUUGAAAGAGAAUUGAACAAAUUCAUGGAGGAGGAAGACUACUAGUCAGUGAUGAAGGCUAUGCUGUGCUGUCAUUGUCAGAGGCAGUAAUGCUUCUGAAGCAAUGACAGUUGCUGGAAACUACUGGAGGGGAAAGUGCUCUUGUGCUUGAAUCCUGCCUGCACACUGCCCAUUGGGGCAUCUGGGUGGCCACUGUGAUGGCAAGAUGUUGGACUAGAGAGGCCUUUGGCCUGAUCCAGCAGGCUCUUAUGAUUCUGUAAGAAAUGGCUUAUAAAUUUGAGUUGCUUGGGUACCUUUUAGGUAACAAGCAACUAAAAAGUUUAAUCGAUGUUGAUGCAUUACACCACUGAUAUGCUUGUGUAAGGCCUUCCUUUGCUGGGCAACAACUCCCAUCCUUUGUGACCAUUGACCCUACUGGCCAUAGGGCAACCACAGAGGGGGCAGCUGGGGUCAAGGCUUCUCUUUUUUUUUAUAAUAAUUUUUAUUCAGUUUCCAAUAUACAUUCCAUCCACAUUUAACAUCCACUUCUAACAUAUACAUCUUUUAGACUUCCCUCAGCCUAUCUGACAAUUUUCCAUAUAAUCACAAUUACUCACAUUUCUUAAAUUUAUAUUGCGCUUUAACAAUCUUAAUCUUAUCAUAUCUUUUAAGCAACAUUUCUAUCCAUCAUUUUCACAGAGCUUGAAAACCAACAAGCGUUAUUUGCUUCUCACAUACAUUUUUGGUAUACUCUGUAAAUUUAUUCCAGUCCUCGGUGAAUCUCUGAUCACGUUGAUUCCGAAUUUUCCCCGUUAAUUUGUCCAUUUCUGCAUAUUCCAUCAAUUUCAUUCUCCAUUCUUCCCUCGUCGGCAUUUCUUCCUGUUUCCAUUUCUGGGCCAUCAAAAUUCUAGCUGCUGUCACUGCAUACCUAAAUAGUUUCACAUCCUUCUUUUUAAUUUCAUUCCCUAAUAUUCCUAGUAAAAAUGCUUCUGGUUUCUUCACAAAAGUAUAUUUCAACAUUUUCUUCAUCUCAUUAUAAAUCAUUUCCCAGAAGCUUUUCACUUUCUUACACUCCCACCACAUGUGAUAGAAUGUUCCUUCUUUUUCCUGACAUUUCCAACAUUUAUUACUGACUUUAUACAUCUUACCAAGUUUCACUGGUGUUACAUACCAUCUAUACAUCAUUUUCAUAACAUUUUCUUUUAUUGUAGUGCAUGCAGUGAAUUUCAUUCCUUCUUUCCACAAUUUUGUCCACUCAUCAAAUUGUAUAUUAUAACCAAAAUCUUUAGCCCACUGAAUCAUAACUGAUUUAACUUCCUCGUCCUUUGUAUGCCACUCAGGUAAUAACUUGUACAUUUUUGAUAAAAUUUUAACAUCACUGUCCAAAAUUUCUUGAUGAAACCUAGAUUUCUUUUCCUGAAAACCUCUUUCUGACAACUCUUUUUUUGAACAUUGCAUUUAACUGAAAGUAGUGCAACCAAUCAUUUACGUUUUCUUUAACUUCUUCAUAUGGCCUCAAUUUCAAUUUAUUACCUUCUUUAAUUAUCAAAUUCUCGUAAGUAAUCCAUCUCCCUGUCAUAUUGAUCUUUUUCACACUCAUUAUCUCCAAUGGUGAUAACCAGUAUGGAGUUUUAAACUCUAGUAAAUUUUUAUACCUAUUCCAAACUUCCAUCAAUGAUCCUCUAAAGAUGUGGUUUUCAAAACCUUUAUGCACUCUAUUCUUUUCACACCAUAAAUACGCGUGCCAACCAAAUCUAUUAUCAUAACCUUCUAAGUCCAACAAUUCUGUGUUUUCUAACUUUAUCCAUUCUUUCACCCAGCAAAGACAUGAGGCUUCAUAAUAUAACUUUAAAUCUGGCAGGGCAAAGCCUCCUCUAUCUUUUGCAUCUGUUAAUAUUUUAAAUUUUAUUCUCGGCUUCUUGCCCUGCCAGAUAUAUCUUGACAUUAUUCUUUGCCAUUCUUUAAAUAUUGUCACACCUUUAAUUAUUGGAAUUGUUUGAAACAAAAACAACAUUUUCGGUAACACGCUCAUCUUUAUCGUUGCAAUUCUUCCCCAUAAUGAUAAUUUCAUUCUUCCCCACACCUCUAAAUCACGUUUAAUUUUAUUCCAUAUUGGUACAUAGUUGUUUUGAAACAGAUCAGUACUCCUGGGAGUUAACGUAAUCCCUAAAUAUUUCACUUUCUUGACCACAUUCAUCUCUGUUUGUUGCUGUAUUCUUUCUAUUAUCUCUUGAUCCAUAUUCUUAGCAAUUAUUUUAGUUUUUUGCCUAUUUAACUUAAAGCCGGACACCUGACCAAAAUGUUCUAUCUCUUCUAACACCUCUUUAACACUCUGCAUAGGAUCUUCUAUAGUUAUAACCAAGUCAUCGGCAAAGGCUUUAACCUUAUAUCUGCUACAACCAACUGUCACACCUUUUAUUUUUUCAUUAUUUCUUAGUGUUCUUAGGAAGACUUCUAGGACCGAGAUGAAUAAUAACGGCGAUAAAGGACACCCUUGUCUUGUACCCUUGGUUAUGGCAAUAUUUUCUGUUAAAACAUUGUUAACAAUUAGUUUCGCUCUACCACUCAAAAAAGAUUGACCCAUAUCCAUAUAUUCCAAAUUCUUUAACAUAAAUUCCCAAGAAAUGUUAUCAAAGGCCUUCUCAGCAUCCACAGAUAUCAACAUCGCUUGUUUAUCCUUCCUGUUUGACAGAUACUCUAUUAUAUUGAUUACAUUUCUUAUGUUAUCUUUCAUCUGCCUACCAGGAAGGAAACCUGUUUGAUCCUUAUGAAUCAUUUCCUUUAACACCUUUUUCAUCCUAUUUGCUAAAAUAUUUGCAAACAUUUUAUAGUCAUUAUUCAAUAAUGAAAUUGGCCUAUAAUUUUUAACCUGUGUUAAAUCAGAGUCUUGUUUGGGAAUAAAUGUUAUGUAUGCUUCUUUCCAGGUCUCAGGUAUUUCUCCUUCUUUCAAAAUGUUAUUCAUUACUUCUUUCAAUGGUACAAGUAGAGUGUGUUUCAUUUCUUUGUAAUAUCUUGCACUGAAUCCAUCCGGUCCCGGCGACUUCCCACUCUUCAAAUCCUUUAUUGCCAUUUGAAUCUCUUCUAAUUCUAUUGGUUCAUUCAGUUUAAUUUUAUUGGUCUUUGAAAUUUUUUGCACCUUUUUCUUCAUUAAAUACUCCUCCAUUGUCUUUAUAUUGAGUUUCUCUUUUCUUUUGUAUAAAUCUCGAUAAAAGUCCACAAAACCUUUCCUUAUUCCUUUCGGAUUCUCAGUCUCUUGAUCUUCUAUUUUAAUUUUGUUGAUUGUAUUCUGUUCUUUCCUUUUUUUAAUUUGCCACGAUAACCAUUUCCCUGAUUUAUUUGCAUAUUCGAAAUUAUUUUGUUUCAUCCUUAUAUUCCAUUCUACUUCUUUGUUGAUUAUCACCGCAAAUUGUGUCUGGAGCAUUUUUAUACUUUGCUUGACCUUCUCAUUCUUAGGUCUUAUAGUUAAUUUUUUUUCAUUCUCCAUUAUUUGUCUUAAAAUUUCUUUUUUCCCUUUUUCUCUCAUUCUAUUUUUAAUUGCAUUUUGUUGAAUAAAGAAUCCUCUCAUAACGGCUUUACUUGCAUCCCAAACCGUGCUCAUCUUUGUUCCUUUGUUGACAUUGUUCACAAAAUAGUCCCUUAAACAUUUCUGAGCUCCAUCCACUAUCUUCUGAUCAUCUAGAAGACUUUCAUUUAAUCUCCACCGAAAGGAUUUUUCUUCCUUACCUUUUAAAAUAGCUUUGACCGCAUUAUGAUCUGAUAAGACUUUAGGUUGAAUCUCAAUCUUUAUUAUUCUUGUGGUUAUUUCACUGGAAACCCAUAUUUGAUCAAUUCUUGACAUUGAUUGAUUAACCUCUGAAUGAAAAGUGAAUUGUUUUUCUAAUGGGUGUCUCAAUCUCCAUAUAUCCACCAAGUUACAGUUUUCCACCAUAUCAAAAAAAGUUUUUGGUAAUUUCCCUUCUUUCGUUUUGCUUUUAGCCCGGAGUCUAUCCAUUUCCAUUGAUACCACCCCAUUCAUGUCACCCAUUAUUAUUACUUUUUGAUCCACAUAUUCAAAUAAUUUUUCCUCCAAACCUUUAAAAAAUUCUGCUUUACUACCAUUCGGUGCAUAUACUCCAAUAAUUAUCAGUUUUUCACCUUUCCAAUUGACUUGGACUGCUAUGAUCCUACCUUCUUCAUCCUUAAAUAAUUGUUGUGCCUCUAAUUUGUUUUUUAUAUACAGUACCACCCCUCUCUUUUUGCUUUUAUCUGAUGAAAUAAAUUCAUUUCCUAAUUUUUUGUUAAUUAAAAUUUUCCUGUGCGUUUUUUUACAUGAGUCUCUUGUAAACAGAUGAUAUCCAAAUUCUUUUGUUUUAAAUAUUGUCCCACUAUUCCUUUUUUUUUAUCGUUGAUUCCGUUCACAUUCCAUGUCCAUAAUUUUAGUGCCAUAGUGUCUGCCAAUUAAAUAUUUUUUCCUCUUAUAUUUUUAUUUCUCUUCCUCUUCUUGUUCUUCUUCACUUUAUAAUAAUAAUAAUAAUAAUUUAUUAUUUAUACCCCGCCCAUCUGGCUGGGCUUCCCCGGCCACUCUGGGCGGCUUCCAAAAGAAUAUUAAAAUACUAUAAUACAUCAACUUUCCUCUUCCUCUUCCCUUUUUCCUCCUCUUCCUCUUCUUUUAUCCUUUCUGCUUCGCUCUUCUUCCUCUUCCAACUCUACAGAGUCUCCUUCAUCCCCCCCUGCUCCUGCCACCUCUGCUUCUUCUCCUUCUCUGGUCAGUUCUUUGUAUCUUCUAAAAAAGUUAUCCACCUCAUCCAAUUUUGUCAGUCUGUGCCUCUUCCCUUUGUAUGUAAAUGCUACUCCUUCUGGAAAUUCCCAUUUGAAUUCAAUUUCAUGUUUCUUCAAAGUUUGUACCAAUUGUCUAUAUUGGUCCCUUUUUUUCAAAAGCCUCAAUGGCACGUCUUUAAAAAUAAUUAUAUAAUUUCCAUCAAUAUUUAGACGUUUCUCCCUGUUUUUGUGCAGAAUCAAAUUUCUCAUUUCUCUAUCUUUGAAGAUAAUUAAACAGUCUCCAGGAAAUUUCUUAGCUCUAGUCGAUCUUGUUUUAAUCCGAAAUGCAUUUUGUAUUGUUUUCUCCACUUCUUCUGUUUCCAUAUCCAACCAUUGGGCAAUUUCUGCCGUCAGCUUCUCUUUAAUUCUUUCUCCCUGGGUUUCCGGCACAGACCUCAGCCUUAAAUUAGUUUCCCGUUGCCGAAGUUCAUUCAUCGCAACCGCAUCCCACAGCUCAUCUUGUGUCCUGUUCACUUCUGACAUUUCCGCCCUAAUUUUUUCCUCUUCCUUUCGAACCUCUCUCAUUUCUAAUUUUGUCCUUUUCAUUCCUUCUUCUAAAUUCUUUUAACAAUCUCCGUGUUCUUUUUAGCAAUUUCUUUCAUUUGAUCUUUUAGUUCAUUUACUGUUAAAUCUAUUUUAUUGUCCAUUUGCUCUAAUUUUGUUUCCAUCUGACCUAAUUUACUCUCAAUAUUUUUCUCACUGCUUUUUAUAUCUGUCUUCAAUUCUGUAAACAUCCUUACAAUAUCUGCUUUCCACUCUGGUUCUUGUCUUGAAAUCUUCUUUCUUUCUCCUGGUGUUGCACCUUCACUUUUUUUCUGCGUGUACGACAUUUUUAACUUCUCUCCUCCCCUUUUUUAUCUUAAACAAAAUAACCAAAAAUCUUAAUUUCAAUUUUAAAAACAAUCUUCAAUAUCACUCUUAUCAAUUUCUAAUUCAUUAAUCAAAACCUCAAUUUAAACCAGAAUAGAAAGUUCAUAAAAGUUGUGAAAUAUACUCCUUUCAAAUUUCCAAAUAUACUCCUUUAGGUGCAGCAGAUGAGUCAAAACCCUUAAAUUCAAUAAGUGUAUCUAAACAAUCUUCUUGCCUUCCUGCCACUUGGUUGGCUAUAUCCCUGGAAUUGGUUGCGAAUUUCAAAAUAAGAUAAAACAAAGAACGUUCCCUUUCUUAAAUCCCUUUAAGCAGCCUCCUGCAGAGAUCGCAUUAUUUUCAAUCCAAUGAUACAAAUAUAGAAUGAAGGAAAAACCCAAAGUGCGAGCUGUAAGUUCAAACCGGUGGUUUCAAGAAAUAGGAGGGGAAAAAAUAAAAAGGAAAAACCAUAUAAAAAGGAACCCCUUUCUUCCAAGCUAUCGUAUCCAAAUAUAUCUUCAAAAACUGGAACCUCAGCAAUUGUAUCCACAGGGGAAGAGAAAGUUCCUUCAGUGACAACAAAAUGGCUACAAGAAGCUCCUUCACUGGCAACAAAAUGGCACUUUGUAGCUCUAACUUGUAGCUCCAAAGAGUGGGGGGGGGGGGGGGUUAUAUUCCACAUAAAAAAGAAAAGGAUUUUAUAAUCACAAAGUCCUUGAAGAUCCCAGCAAACAAAAGCAAAAAGUUUGGUGUCCUCAGUCUUAAAUUUCCUUUCUUAUUACUUGAGCCAAAAUGCUCUUUUAAAUUUCCAAAUCCAUGCCUUAGAGACCGUAACUUUAAUUGCGCAGUUUCUUUAAAAGUGAAAGUAAUCCAACUCGCUGUCUCCCAUUGUCUCCCCAACACUCACAGCCGAUUCUCCGACAGACUGUUUUUAUAUGCUUCUCAACAAAUCCUUUUCCCUCUUAGUUGUAACUUAGUUCUAGUCCUUGUGAGAAGCCUUUCAAAUAAAAACCAUCUAGUAUAUCGGUAAAACUUUCCGCUCUUCGUAACUUACAGUUUUUUCCGCUCCGCGAAUUCCUCUUGCGUCUAAAUAAAAUUCCCGGCAAGGCUGACCUCCUUUUUUUCCACCUUACCGCCACGAAUUAGUUCCAGUCCAACUUUUAAAUUUAACUUUUUAAGUUCCAAUUCGUUUUCUUUUUGUUUGAAAACAGAUCGCUUUGUGCGCAAGCUAGGGGUUUCGCUAUAGAGAGAUAGAAAUGGCUUCCCGCUGCCGAUGUCUCAACCCCGCCACACUCGUCGCCUCCAAAAAGGGGGCUACUUGGUGGCCAGGGGAGAAUUUAAAUGGCAGUGCCGGGACCCCUGCCUCUUGGAUUCCCUUCCAAGAGUGUUUGGGGGGCUGCGGCGCCCUUGCAAGCCCCCCUUUUCUCUCCCGAUAGCUGGAUACUCUCGCAAGCAAGAGAUCCCACUUGCUUUCACUUCGCGAUCCGCCGGAAGUCUAUCGGGGUCAAGGCUUCUCUUUUUUUUUUUUUAAGAUAUUCAUUGAAAUUUUCAAAUUGUUACAAAAAAUAAAAAAAAUAAAAAAGAAGCCGAAGAAAGUACAAAAAAUAAAAAUAGUUGACAAAGUAGGAAAAGAAAAGAAAAGAAAAAAAACAACAAACCCCUUCCCACCAUAUGAGAGAAAAUUCAAAAUAAGAAAAAAUGACAGAAAAAAAAGAAAAAUACAAAAAUCACAAACCUUUAAAAACAUUUAAAAACAAAUUCAUUAUUUUCAAAUCCUUAACUGUCAUUGCCUUCUUUCUUAGACCUCCUCCUCCUCCCUUUCUUUGUAUCCUAGUUAUUAAUUAUCCCAGCAAAUCCUUUCCAUGUUUCAUAAAAUUCUGUCCUUGCAUUACCCUAAACUAUUUUGAUCUUAUCUUUCUAUAAUAAAAUAAACCUUAAAACUUAAAACUUAAGUCUUAUCCUUACCAACUUCUCAUAACCAUAAUAUUCUUUCAUAAUUCUUUAAACAUCUUUGCUAAAGCCAAGUAAUUUCAUUCCAACAUUUUUCUAUCAUUCAUCACUUUUAUAAAGCAGUUCUAAUGGUAGAAAAAAGAGGUACAAACAGAUCCACUCUUCAUCCAGCGUCCCUUCCUCCUGGUUCCGGGUUUUGUCAGUCCUUAUUCCCGUUAAUCUAGCCCAUUAACCUGGCAACCUUAUAUCCGAGGCCCUCAAGUCUCUUCCAUUUCCAUUCCGCGGCUCUUCUUCAUAUUUGUAACUGUAUUUUCCCUUGUCUCCUGCUCGUGGUAACUCCAGCUUGACAAUGUAUUUAGCCCUUCUCGACAAAUCAGCCCCUUUUCCAUGUUCAACACUAAAUUCCAUGUUUGGCUAUUAGAUCAGCUCAAAGGGUUUGCUGGUCCUCCUUUCUGACCUGGGAUAUGUGCAUGUCGUGACCUUCGAUUUUUUACAAGCUUGACAAUCUAAGUAUUUAUCACAUGCCUUGAACCCACACCCAAUUGUGUUCUCUGCGGCUUUCGUAACAUAUGACCACCCUGCAUGCCCAAAGCGUCUGUGCCAGAGGUGUAAACAAUCAUGGUGUGGUGGUACAUUUGCACACUGCACUUGUGCUUCUUCAGGGGACUCUGCAACAGUAGCAUCAGUGACAGGCAUCUGCACCAGAAAGAGCCUGUCCUUCCCCUCAACACUGUGGAGCUUCUUCCCAUCCCUGUAAAAAUAACACGUAUUGUUAGUAAACACCACAUCAAACCCAUCAGCAAUAAGAGCUGAUACACUUAAAAGAGAAUGUGCAAGCUCGGGGACCACAUAAGCUUGCACCUCAUGAUCUAUAAAGGGACAGUACAAAAAACCAGUUUCAGUUAACUGUCUCGUAGACCCAUCUGCCAUCGUGACAAAACGUCCAGAUUUAACUGUCUUGCAAUUUCUCAGGAGCCCACCAGAUGGCACUAGGCUGUGGGUGGCUCCUGUAUCGACAACAAGGGAUAAAGUGGCUCUCUGGCUGUCUUCCAAGGUUGCCAUGGCGACGUUCGCACCCCCACUGGGGCCUCUGCCAGUGUCCUUCCUGGUUGCCAUGGUUACUGCAAGGCUUCUGCCGGUGUUCUCACGCUUCGCUGUCUGAGAACUGUUGCUUAUCUGCCUUAGCAGGUGGCUGACCUUGCAUUCCAACGCCUCUGCAGAACAAUGCCCUUCGCUGUUGGACUUCGCCUCAGAGCACAAACAACUCUUGGAGACUUUGGCUUUCACAGAGCUCUUGGAACAGCCUGCACCCCCACUCCUGGGUGCCCAGCUGCCUGAGGAACAGACUGCAACUGCCUUCCUCUUCCCAGCUCUCAGCCUCUCUCCCGGACCAUCACACAGACGUGUCAAAGCAUAGAAACAGCCUCCCAAAACAGUCCCAGCCCCCUCUGGGCUUAGUGCUCUCUCUGGGCAUCUCUUAGCCCCCUCUGGUCUGGCUCCCACUGCGGCCUGACAUGCCGUCUUCAGUGCCUGCCACGCGACCCAGGGCUUCUUCCCUUGAAGGUUUGGCAACAGCCAAGCAUCAACGCUGGCCCUUAAAAUGGCUAGCACCCUUUGCUCUCUUUCCAGAGCAGCAGCCACGUCUGCUUCACAAGCUUCCACUGCUCCUGCAGACUUCUCAGCCUCUGCAGCUGCAGCACUGGGCUGGGCAAGAACUGGUUCGGCUUGUGUACAUUCCCAUAGCUGCCUUUCUUCCAGCCAGUAGUACAUGCGCUUAGACCAGGCUUCCCAAUUGGCCCCAUUCAGUCUUUCGCUGGGGUAGCUCUCAUGGCCUUGCUGUGGCUGAGCAGCAGCCAUCUUCCUCCCCCCCAGGACUUAAGCGUACUCACGCGUUGCCAGCUAGCUGGUCCUCCGAAGCAGCAGCCUCCUCUUCGCUCCACUCUCCACCAGCGUCUCCCACUGCCCUUCCUGGCAGGAGCUCAAAGCAGCUCAAAGCUGGCAGUCUUCUUCCCUCCUCACACUUGGCAGGAAACACGGAAGAGCCAUAACCUUUGGCCAUUAGAUCCUGCCGUCCAGUCAGCGCUUCCCUGUGUAGCUCUGCUGGGGCUGACCUGGGCAGGAAAAAGCAGAGUUGCAGCGGUCCUGCAGUCCGUGUGAGAUAGAGGGAUAAAUCAAGUCCAGAGACAGUUUGUUGCUAUCUCUAAAACGUUUAUUUACAAGCCAUAAAUCAGUCUCAUUCCAUCGGAGCUUUCCGGCAUCUUUCCCGUGCUAAAAGCACACACAGUCUCUCUGCUGCUUCUUUCAGUCAAAAGUGAAACCAACUCUCACAGACAACACAGACAAAGCCUGUGACGUACGGCCCUGCGUCAGGCCACUCCCCAGAUACAGGACACCAAGGAGUUUUAACCCUGUAAACUCCAAACUCCACAGUAUUUAAAAGCAUGUUUCAAAGACCCUCCAAAGUUGAGAGCCCCCACAGUCCCAAACAUCUCACGGCCCGUUGCCAUAUUUGAAAAGUCCAAACGUCCCAACAUAGGGGGGUCAAUCCAGCCCCCCAUUUCCAAACCAAGCCAAACUUUUCCUUUCCAAAUCUGGCUUUUUCCAAGUUCAUUUGUCAAACCGAAAAAUCAUAUUCCUGUUGGGCCUGUUCUGUCAAAACACACUCCUGAUUUAAUGUCAAAACUCCUGUUCUGUCAAGACACUCUCCUGAUUUAAUUCCUGAGUGGGCUCCACAUAUUUUCCCACUGUCUGUUCAAAAUUUCCCACUGCCUGUUCAAAAUUUCUAGUCGAAGUCGCCAUCCAAUUCACCUUCUCGUGUAAUUGUUCCAGUAGGGCAUUUGUUUUAUAGAGAGCACACAACAAGGUUUCUGAAUACAUUGUCCUGCAAGGUCAGAUGCCUGUUCCCACGGUUGUAAUCUGUAACCGCUGCCGGCUCCCUGGAGUUAGUUACAGUUUCACAGUUACAGUUUCACAGACUCCCCCUAGGGGGAAGACUUCUAUUUGUUCUUGCAACAAAGUUUCCUUUUUUAAGAUACUUUGUCCGUAUACAGUGGUGCCCCGCAAGACGAAUGCCUCACAAGACGGAAAACUCGCUAGACGAAAGGGUUUUCCGUUUUGGAGGUGCUUCGCAAAACGAAUCUCCUAUGGGCUUGCUUCGCAAGACGAAAAUGUCUUGCGAGUUCCUGCGGGGUUUUUUUCCUCCCCCCCCCUUUUUCUAAGCCGCUAAGCCGCUAAAAGCCGCUAAUAGCGCUAAUAGCGCUAAUCCGCUAAUCCGUCAAUGGGCUUGCUUCGCAAGACGAAAAAACCGCUAGACGAAGAGACUCACAGAACGGAUUCUUUUCGUCUUGCGAGGCACCACUGUAUAUUCCUUUAAAAUGUGAAAGAGAACAGUGGAAUCACUAGGUUUCUCUUCUUUUAGCUAUCUGUCAACGACACUUGUCUUUGGUCAAUGAACUUCAAACGUCAGUCCUGACACCCCGCUCCAGGAUCAGGACGGAGGAAAGUUACUUCACUUUAAAGUCACUUUAAACAGUCCAAAAAGAUCCCCCCCUUCUCCUGCUGUCGAAGGGGGGUUCCACAAUUUUAAAUGGUGAAAUCCAAUCUUUUAAAAACGAUUUUCUGAGCUCUAGUUUCAAUUGUCUUUGCUUUAUUCUGUUUACAAAAGAACAGAAGGCUGACUUCCUGUUUAGACCUUCCCGUUCCGUACCAAAUUAAAGUAAAUUUUUAAAGUCCAAUUCUUUCCUGCUCGCAAGUCCUUAUUUGAUGUCCAAUUGUUCAAAGUCUAAGUACUCACGGGUGCUUAUUUUAAAGUCCAAAUUGUCCCAGGAAAAAGGCAGCGCUCUCCGGCAACGUCUAUGCGGCUUCACUCCACAGAAAUAGCAGUUGACUCACAGCACCGCGCCACUUCCCCCUCUUCACUUCGGAGCCCGUUAGUGGGUUCCUUAGCGGGUUGGGGGGCGCUAAAGGUGCCUGCCGAGUCCCAUGGUCACAGGCUUCAUCCGCCUGUGAUUUUUAAGAGGGUCCCCGCUUCGCCAUAGCGGAGAAGACCCGUUUUCCGCGGAGCUAGUCCCCCAGUUCAGAGGGAGUCCGCCAUUGCCGGUGGCGCCACCCCGGAAGUCUUGGUUGUCUAGACAAGUUGUCUAGACUUCUCUUGGUUGUCUAGACAAGUUGCUCUGUGAGUUGUGUGAGCUUUGACAGGGCUGGUGCAAAAUCAAACGCCCCUCCAGUUUCCAUGCCUCAACUCCAAUGAAAGGGAAAAGGCAGAGUAGGAGAAGAGUAAAACACACACAGGUAACAGAAUUCUUCAGUAAUAGUUUACUGAGGUUCAAAAGCAUACAGGACUUACUGGAUCCCUAGUAAGGUACAAAAUCAUCUACUCCUAGGAGCAUGUGCAGUUACAGAAGCAAAAACCAGACAGAAAAACAGAAAGAAAGAAAAGACUGACUGAUAAACUGCCCAGCAGGCAGGAAGAUACAUUAUCUUCCACUGGGUAGUGACCUUGAGUCUCACAUGACUAACUUGAUACACGACAGCUGCGAGUUGUUUUCAGAACAUUCAGGAACAUUUGAGAAAUAUUGAGAAAGUUCUGCACCCAUAAAUCUCACAAUCCUUGACAGGCUAGAGAGAGGUUGGGGAGGUGAGUUUGCAGGCUUCUUAAACACCAGGCUCCUGUCAAAGGUGCCAUGAAAAUGACCAAGUGCAGAUAAUGAUCCACUGUUACUCACAAUGCCAUGUUGUAAGAUUGACUUUAGCUUCAUUAACUACAAACCCUGAAAUCUGGGAUCCCCUCCAAACCAGUACCAAAGUUUUGCAAUUGUUUUGCAGGGUGAACCCAGCAUUUUACAGCACCCCAACAAAUGGAGUACAAUGGCAGCUUGGUUUAAGAACAGCUUACCGGUAGUUUAUGGACAACUUGCAUUAAGAACGCUGCAAACCCGGAAGUAGGUGUUUUGGUUUGUGAACUUUGCCUUGGAAGCAGAACAUGUUCCGCUUCCUGUCGAGUGUGUUACAUUUGUAAAUUGAGUCCCCUGCUGCUAUGGGAAAGCAUGCCUUGGUUUAAGAACGCUUUGGUUUAAGAACACACUUCCGGAACAGAUUAAGUUCGUAAACCAAGGUACCACUGUAAUUGAUACUCAAACCAGGGGAUAUACUCAAAAACCCAACUGUCUGAUUCACUUCAGACCAGUGCUAAAAUUCUGCAAUGGUUUUGCAGCAUCCUGAAAACUGUGACUUACUCAGCAUGUGGCCUUUCUGGUCUCUUCAAAACCAACGUUGUGUGGUUGCCUCCAGAGCUAUUGUUUUUUAGGCAUCCAUGCAAACUCCCAUCAUCUUCUCUUAAAUUAUUUCUUGAAAUGUGUGUUCAUGUGGGAUAAUGAAUUCAAUUUGAAAGUGCAAGAAAAAAUUAUUAGAAAAUACAACAAAAGUGCUAACUUUAUCAUCAGUGAAAAUAAUGGAAUAAAACCCAUGUGUGAAUGCAGCCAUAGGAAACUCAAAUUCUUGGGCAUUCAGUUACAGAUCUUAAAGUCAUAAACCUCAGAAACACAAGAGCUUAACUUCAAAUAAUAUCAGGAUAGUACAGGACUCCAGUUAGACUAAAAAGAAUACCAAUAAGAUGAUGGUUUAUAAUUGUUGUAAAAUCAGUUACUUAAAACUCAUUUCUAUUAUAUGUAUUGUGUGUGUGCGCGCGCGCGCAAAAGUUCAUGCCAUAACAAGAACGGUUGUUAAACUCUCACAGACACUUUGUUGUUUAUUCAUGCAAAUAUUGCAAUGUGGGAAUAUUGAGUGCUGUUAACUACAGUGGCAGUAACUGGGAGCCCUGUGUGAUACAAGCUGGAAGUUUCUAUCUAACAAGUGAGUUUUCUGUUGUGCCUAGAAACAAACAGAAUGUUCCUGAUGUUUGGCUUAUUCCUUCAGAGAAGCUGAACAGCUGGUUCAAACUGGUUCUGUUAUUUCUUUCUCUCAAGGUCAUUGUGCCCUAUCAUAAUAGGCCAGAAGGAGCAUGGGUUUCACUUUUAUGUCUCUCUUUCCUUCUGGUGUGGUGUUUUGUACACAGCAUGCUGAGUGUUAAGGUUUUAGUCUUAUUGUAAGUUUAAUCUAAGUUGAAGUUUUUUACUACAACUGGAUUUCCUAUGGAUUGUGCCGAUCCUGAAGAAUUGAAUUUGUGACCGCUAAGCUCAUUUGCCUUCAGUAGUGAAAACUCUACUGGGUGAAGUUAAUUGCCUCUGGUUUAUUUUUGGGGAACUCUGCAAGGUGUUUUAAGUUUUUACUCUGCUAACUAUACGUUGAGGUCUGCUCUGGAUCGAUAUGGGGCAGAUUCAUGACAACUUGCCCCUGCCCCCAAUAUUUUAUUCCAGUUGGCACCCCGUCAGUGGCUGACUUUUUCGCCCACAUGGACAUGACUAAACAAAUGGUGUUUAUUAAAUGCACAGUAAUUAGGGAAUUGAACAGUGUGUAAGUUGUUUAGCCUGCUGGUGGUGUAAUGUAAGAGGAAUAUUUGACGUCAUUGGGAGAGUCAAAAUGGCUUCAGGAUUGCUCUCCUGUACUAUUUCAGAUACAUGGUUUGUAUACAGGUAGGUAACCGUGUUGGUCUGCCGUAGUCGAAACAAAAUAAAAAAAUUCCUUCCAGUAGCACCUAGAAACCAACUAAGUUUCUCAUUGGUAUGAGCUUUGGUGUGCAUGCACACUUCUUCAGAUACUUAUAUAUACUUAUAUAUGUGUGCAUUUAUGAAUACUUAUUCUUUACAUGAGACCUUAGAAUUCUUACACCUCCACCAAUUUUGUGUGUGUUUUCUCUGUAAUUUCCCCAUUUGAAGGCUGGAUUAGCUCAGUUUUUGAGCUUCAUAGGCCACUCCUGAUCACGCACCAUUUUCUGCAACAAAGCCAUCUAGCAUAAUCCAUGGCUGAAUGGACACCCCCCCCCCCCUUUGGAGUCAUAAGGAGCAUAAAAAGACACAAGCAGUUUAGAGCCCUGUUGAAAUGCUCUUAGCUUGAAAAGAGGCCACUUGGUGAGAAGAAUUCACUUUGACCCUCCCACACCCAAAUGCUAAAUCUUGUUUGUUUGCAUGUAUUUUAACUUCUGUCGAUAUUUGUAGGGACCUUUCAAACAUUGAUUAUGGAUUAUCAGGGGGUUGGAUUAUGUUUGUGCAUAAACUGAAAUUGAAAUAUACUCAUCGAGUCCUAUACUGAUUUCAUGCUUUUUAUUGCAGCUUGUAAAACAGUGAUUGAAUUGCCCCCCAAACCUCAGGCUUUUAUAUACAUUAUUUACACAAUGAGUCCCGUCUGAUUGGCUGAUUCAGCUUCCCUCCUGGAGCCUGAUUGGUCUUUUCCUGCAAGCCAAUCAGUUGUUGCAUUCUACGAUCCUACCAGCCUAAUAGGCUGAUUAACUUCCUCCUGGAGCCUGAUUGGUCUUUUCCUGCAAGCCAAUCAGUUGUUGCAUUCUAGGAUCCUACUUGCCUAUUGUUCUAGGAUCCAAGCUUAGUACAUAACAGAAAUAUUUGCUAAGCUUUUCUUCCCACUGCUGUGAUUUAAGUGCACCAGCAGAUGUAGGGCAACAGCUCAGGUGUCUCCCAACAUUUUGCCCUCUGGAUAGGUGGACUGUAACUCCCAUCAUCCCCAGCAUCAUAUGGCCAUCCUAGCUGGGGUUGAUGAGAAUUGUCACCCAGUGCAAGAGGCAGUGUGGUGUAGUCCUUAGAGUGUUGGAUUAAGACUCAGGCCAAAAAUAACUGAAAGACUGCCUACUUCCCUACAGACCCUGAUCAGGAAAGGGGGCACUCUGGGUAGUUCCUCCACCCUCAGAGGCUAGGGGUGGUCGUGGCCCAGGGGGAGAGGGCCUUCUCCAUGGUGACCUCCUAAGCUGUAGACCUCCCUCACCACAGAGAUGCGUCUGGCAUGUUUUAAACAUUGUGUUUUAAUUUAGAAUGAAGGGCAGGUAUUGGAAAAGAGGUGGUCAGGGAACACCUAGCUACUUUAAAUGAAAUCAAAUCUCCAGGGCCCGAUGAGUUGCACCCCCAAGGGUUCUAAAGGAGUUUGCGGAUGUAAUCUCAGAGCCUCUGUCUAUAAUCUUUGAGAAUUCUUAGAGAACAGCUGAGGGGUGCCACAGGGUUCUGUCCUGGGCCCAUUGAUGUUCAACGUCUUUAUAAAUGACUUGUAUGAAGGAGUUGAGGGGAUGCUCAUCAGAUUUACAGAUGACACCAAACUGGGAGGAGUCGCUACAGAAAACAGAAUCAGAAUUCAAAAUGACCGUAACAGAUUGGAGAACGGGGUGUAAGCUAACAAAAUGAAUUCCAAUAGGGACAUAUGUAAGGUUCUACACUUAGGCAGGAGGAACCAGCUUCACAAAUACAAGAAGUGGGAUGACCUGGCUUACUAGCAGUACACGUGAAAAGGAUCUAGGGGUCUUGGUGGCCUACAAGCUUAACAUGAAUCAACCGUGUGAUGCAGCAGCAAAAAGGCUAAUGCUAUUCUAGGCUGCAUCAACAGAAGUCUAGUGUGCAGAUCAAGGGAAGUAAUAGUGCCACUCUCUUCUGCCUUGGUCACACCUGGAAUACUGUGUCCAGUUCUGGACACCACAAUUAAAGAAGGAUCUUGACAAGCUGGAAUGUGUGCAGAGGAGGACAACCAAGAUGAUCAAGGGUCUGGAAACCAAGUCUUAUAAGGAACUGUUGAGGGAGUUAGGUAUGUUUAGCCUGGAAAAGAGGAGACAGAGAGGAGAUAUGACAGCCAAUUUCAAGUAACUAAAGGGCUGUCACAUAGAGGAUGGCGCAAACUUGUUUUGGCCUGCUCUGGAGACCAACAGAUUCAAAUUCCAAGAAAGGAGAUUCUGACUAAACAUCAGGAAGAACUUUCUACCAGUGAGAGCUGCUUGACAGAAGAAUGGACUCCCUUGGGAGGUUGUGGACUGUCCUUCUUCUUUGAAGGUGUUUAAGCAGAGGCUGGAUUGUCAUCUGUCAUGGUUUCUUUUGUUGAGAUGCCUGCAUUGCAGAGACUAGAUGCCCCUCAGUUUCCCUUCCAACUCUACAAUUCUAUGAUUCUAUGCCUUUUGUGUACAGCUCCUUUUAACCCCCUGCUAGGCUUAUUCAGUAAAUAUUGCUAGACAUAAUGGUUUCAUGGGGGGCGGGGGGGGGGGAGUAACUUUGUUCUCUCCUGUAAUAAUAGAGUACUGUUCAUCAGCAACAGAAUCCUUUUUUGCUUCACGUCAAAUAGAGUAACACCCUGAUAAAGGAUCUUUAGCAAAUGCUCCUCCUGUCAUUCUGGCAGGGCCUCUUUGGGGCACUGAAAGACGGGAUUCAAAGCUCCCUCAUUACUUGUGAUCUCUCAGACACACUUUCCCUGUUCAUUGCCAGCAGCGGAGUUUAUAGAAUUGGAGCUUGAAGUUAAAUGAAAUUAGAACAUAUGACGUAGGACAUCCUGUUUCCUUGGGAACUGGUUACGGUUGUCAGAGCAGUGGAGGCAGGCCCAAGGUCUUCACCUUGGAGAGUCCAGGUAACUUUUCAGUCUCCAAGGAUAAUAAUAACAGAGGCUCUGAUGUGGCUACAGCCUCACUGGAGGGUGCCAUUCAUUCCAUUUCCACUGGGGUUUUUUCUGUCUGUCUGUCUGUCUCUCUCUCUACCUAAUAUAGCACAACAAAACAUAAUAACAGAUGCCAAAUAAAGUGAAAUAAAAGGAGACUAAAAGGAGAUACGUAGAGCCCAAACAUCUAGGAACAGAUUUUCAUACCAAAAUCAAAUUCCUUGGCAGCCAACGUAGCAGAGUGUUAGUAGUUUCAGGACGGAUGAAAGAAAGGAGGCAGAGAUGGCCCCCAACCUGGACGGCUUGAAAAGAGGAUUAGAUAAAUUCCUGAAGGAGGAGGAGACUAUUGAGGGCUACUGGCCAGGAUAGAUCGAUAGAAACUUUAUUUGCAUUAGCCACUAGCCAUAGCAAUAAGAUAAAAGAUACUGGGGGUAGAGCUAAAUAGUUAGCUAUACAAAAUACGUUCUGGAGGUUUACAUCAAUACAAAUGACAGAAUUGAUGCAUGAUCCUUUAGCCACAGAUAAAACAUGUGAGCCAAUAGGCUUUCUUUUGAUUUCAAUUUUUAAAAACUGAGCAAUGUUAGAAAGUUAAUCAACUAAUAAAUCUUAUUCUAAUUGCUCCUGCUAAUUUUUUUGCAGUUUUUGCUGUCACUUGGUUAUCUUGAUCUGCCAGAAGAAAAGACACAGUAGCAAUGGUUGAACGACCUGGUAUAGAUAGUAGUAGAGGGGUAAUAACCUCACUCCUCAAAUCUUUAUAAAGAGUACAAUCUACAGUAGCAGUACGUGAGGUACUGAUUCAAUACUGCCAUCUCCACAUGGACAUAAACAGUUUUCCAGUGGAAUUUUUUGGAAUCGACCCUCAAGUACAGCUGAAGGCAGUAUGUUCAAUCUUGCCUAAGUGAAAGCACGUCUGUAUUUUGGAACUGUUAAAUUUUGCAAAUAGGGUGUCGAUGUGUCAAAAUGACUAGGUGAGAAAUAAUCAUACCAUGGACAAAAUUUCCUUAUAGUGGCCAAAUUAUUCUGUUGUUCAAUGUCAUAUAGGUGCUGUCUAAUUAAAUUCUUUACUUUGCAGAAGUCCAAUGUUAAUAAUUGUUGUGGUGGUGAUAAAACAGAGGAAUAAAGCUUUUAGAUGGCAAUUUUAGUCCAGGUGCUGUCAUGACGGUCUUGCAAUACUAGGGGUAGUAGACCGGUGGGGUUAAAUUCAGCCGAAGCCAAAAUUUAAAUGUCCUACCUAUGCCAAAUCUGUAAUUCAACAGAGGGAAGAUUAGCCUCCAAGCACAGUGAAGCAAUUGAAACACAGGAUGGGACAGAGAAAAUUUGCCUUAGGAACUUGGACUGAACGGCUUCUGUAGGUCCAAGGUGAGCACCGGUCCAAAUCUGAGCCCUGUAUAAUAACUGUGCUAGGGGUUUAGCUUUAAACACUUCAAGUGGUGAAAGUAUGUGAUUUCCACCUUUUGUGUGGAAGAAGCAUGUCAGAAUUUUGUCACUUUGAGACACUUUUUCCUCUGCGUAUUUCUGGCGUGCUGUCCAAGACUCUGUUGACUGAAAAACAAGACCAAGAUAUUUAAAGAGUUUAACUUGUUUGAUUGACUGGUUAUCCAUAUUCCAUCUGUGGGCCCUAUAGUUUCUUGAGAACACCAUGACUUUUGCUUUAUUUGAACAAUCUACCUAACACUACUAUGCUAGCCACUAUGGAUGUGGAAUCCCUGUACAUCAACAUCCCACACAACGAUGGAUUACAAGCUAUAAGGAACACCAUUUCAGAUAAAAUCACAGUGGACUUUGCUACCAAACUCUGCCAUUUUGUCCUCACCCACAACCACUUCAGAUUUGGAGAUGACCUGUUCCUCCAGAUCAGCGGCACAGCAAUGGGCACCCGCAUGGCCCCACAGUAUGCCAACAUCUCCACGGCAGAUUUGGAACAACGCUUCCUAAACUCUUACCCACUCAAACCUCUCUUGUACCUGCAAUACACUGACGAUAUUUUUAUUCUCUGGACACAUGGUCAGCAGACCAUGGACACCUUCCACCAGACAUUCAAUGACUUUCACCCCACCAUCAACCUAACAAUGAACCAAUCUAUGCAAGAAAUACAUUUUCUGGACACUACUAUAAAAAUACAGGAUGGGCGCAUAGACACCACCUUAGACCAAAAACCAACUGACCGACAAACAUAUCUACAGUGGUACCUCGGGUUAAGAACUUAAUUUGUUCCAGAGGUCCGUUCUUAACCUGAAACUGUUCUUAACCUGAAGCACCACUUUAGCUAAUGGGGCCUCCCCAUGCCGCUGUGCUGCUGCUGCUCGAUUUCUGUUCUCAUCCUGAAGCAAAGUUCUUAACCCGAGGUAAUAUUUCUGGGUUAGCGGAGUCUGUAACCUGAAGCGUAUGUAACCCGAGGUACCACUGUACGUGUUUCCAGCUACCAUCCCAAACAAUCAAUUGUAUAUAGUCAGGCUGUAUGUUAUAGCCUCAUCUGUUCCAACUCUACAGACAGGGAUUCUCACCUAAGAGAUCUGCAGCAAACCUUUUUGGAACUAAAAUAUCCGCCUGAUGAAGUUAAACAACAGAUCAACAAAGCCAGACUGAUACCCAGAGAGAACUUGCUGCAGGACGGACCCAAAAGAGAAAAUAACAGAACACCACUAGUAAUCACAUACAGCUCCCAAGUUCUCUUUCUCAAGCUCUGGGAGGAAGACCUUUCAUUGCCCACAGACAGCCACCCAGUCUUAAACAACUCCUCACCCACAAUAAUACAGCAACCAGACUUAACAUGGACACUGGUACCAGAGCCUGCAAUAAACCCCAGUGCCAACUUUGCUGCCACAUACACCCAGACAACACCAUUACUGGACCCAGCAACAUCAAACAUACCAUCUCAGGCCUAUUUAAUUGCUCAUCUUCUAACAUUGUGUAUGCCAUCAAAUGCCAGCAGUGCCCUUCAGCUCUCUAUAUUGGACAAACAGGCCAAACCCUACGCCAAAGGAUAAAUGGACAUAAAUCUGACAUCAGGAAUCACAAGACAGAGAAGCCAGUAGGAGAACACUUCAAUCUCCCAGGACAUUCAAUACAGGAUCUCAAAGCAGCUGUCUUAUUACAAAAGAAUUUCAGAAGUAGACUUGAAAGAGAAGUUGCUGAAUUACAACUUAUUACUAAACUGAAAACUAUGGAGAGACCUGGUCUGAAUAGAGAUGUUGGAUUCUUGUCUCAUUACAUAUGCUAAAGAUAUUUUUGGUCAUCUGCAUACUAUUCCUUGCUUUUUCCUGUAGGACAAAUUGCAGUCGUUAACAGUCGUCAACAGGUUUACCAUACCCAUUGAGUCAAUCAUCCAUCUCCUACUACCCUUCUGAGAAAAACCCCACCCCACCCUCCCUCUCUAUAUAAGGGUCUGGUGACUUCCGUUUCAGUGUAUCUGAAGAAGUGUGCAUGCACAUGAAAGCUUAUACCCAGAACAAAAUAAGGUGCUACUGGACAAUUUUUAUUUAAUUUAUUUAAUUUAGUUCUGGGCACCACAGUUCAAGAAGGACACUGACAAACUGGAACGUGUCCAGAGGAGGGCAACCAAAAUGGUCAAAGGCCUGGAAACGAUGCCUUAUGAGGAACGGCUAAGGGAGCUGGGCAUGUUUAGCCUGGAGAAGAGGAGGUUAAGGGGUGAUAUGAUAGCCAUGUUCAAAUAUAUAAAAGGAUGUCACAUAGAGGAGGGAGAAAGGUUGUUUUCCGCUGCUCCAGAGAAGCGGACACGGAGCAAUGGAUCCAAACUACAAGAAAGAAGAUUCCACCUAAACAUUAGGAAGAACUUCCUGACAGUAAGAGCUGUUUGACAGUGGAAUUUGCUGCCAAGGAGUGUGGUGGAGUCUCCUUCUUUGGAGGUCUUUAAGCAGAGGCUUGACAACCAUAUGUCAGGAGUGCUCUGAUGGUGUUUCCUGCUUGGCAGGGGGUUGGACUCGAUGGCCCUUGUGGUCUCUUCCAUCUCUAUGAUUCUAUGAUUCUAUUUGGUUUUAUUGUAAUUCACAGCCACCUGUUCUUUUUGGCAGUAUCCUGAGAUACAGAGGUAGGUGAGUUGCAGUAUGAAUAGCUUUUAAAUCAUCCAUAUGAAGGAGGUGAACCUUGGGCUAAGCAGAGCCUUGAAUAAUUACACCUAUGAUCUUUAGACAAACGGGAAGUACCACCAGCUAAGUGAAUAUCUGGUUCCGGAAUCUGAUUGUAAUGGGCGUACAAAUUUGCAUCAUUGGCUCCCAUGCGUACCCCCUGAAAUGAUAAACACUGCAGUAGGUUAUAGUGAUUCCAGAGAUUCUAUAUAAGUCCCUAGUUCUGUUCAGAUAGUAUUUACAGUAGUGGUGUUUGUUGUUGUUGUUGUUGUUUUUUUACAAGGUGGUAUUGUAGACAUUAAACAGCAUUAAGCAUACUUUCAAGACUAUAACCACAGUAGCAGUUGCAAAUGGGUUACAUGGAGUCAUGGCUGUUGUAGUUGCAUUCAACUUUGUGGAGAUGAAGCACACUAGACCUCCAAUGGCUCUACCACCUUUCAUUGAGGGUAUAGCUGUCAAAGAGUGACAUUUUGGAGAGACAGGUUAUGGGUGAAAGGCUUGGUUGACAAUUAUUUCACCAGCAUUUUGUUGUCUAUGCUGUUGUAUUAGGAUCAACCUGGACUGUAACUUUGCUAGUUUGAUGAGAAUGUUACUUUGUUCUUUAUCUGGUAGGUUAAUAAAAUUACUCAGCAAAUCCUCUUCUUCUGGGACAGUCCAAUCUGCUAAAUCUGGAGCAUGAUUUUUAUUUGAUACUCUGGUAGAUUGAUUAGACCUCUUGAAUUUUCUCUGCUUAAUCUCUGCAGUUCCUGGUAGUAAUUCUUCCCAUUGACUGUGACCUUCUUUGGCAAUAGAACAAAUGUCAGCUUUAGAUGAGGCAACUUUAUUCGCUUUUACUGAGCUUUGUUUUCAAGCUAUGCCCUCUGCUAUCCUAGACAGACGAUGUAACAGGGUGGCAUACGAAGACAGACUCUGUACAUGUGGGCAACCGCAGGUGGAAGACAUCUUGCACUAUUUACUAUAUUGCCCACGAUACAUUGGACCCAAGAGGCAAUUUCUCAUCCUACCAUCCGUACAGGAAAGAUUUCUCUCCCCGGCAGAGAAGGAAGGAGGGAGCAGGAGGGGGAAAUCAGGAGUCCAAUCCGGGAGGGACAAGGCAGGUGAGCUGAAUUUGCCCAAAUAAAAACAAGAGGCUUGAUUUGGGGUGGCUAAUUGCAGCAAAAAGCAUUUUGCACUCCCCAGUAUGUUGCUCACUCAAAAACAUACAUCACUCCCCCCCUUUUUUCUUCCCGGCAAGAGGAUGUGAAUUAAAUAGCCAGAAAAUCUUUGCAAAGCAGGAAGCGCCACCGCUACUGGCCACCCUGUAAGUUACACAUCACUAGGUAUAAAAUCCCAAAGAGUCCAAGAGACACCACCAAGUUGCCAGAGAAAAGGGGGAGAGGGUGCGGGCGAGGGGGGCAGGGAGAGAGACACAGACCGAGGUGAAGCCCUGGCACUGUGGAGAUGAGGCAGGGGAGGGAGAAAGGGCGGUAGGAAGGGGAAAAAAGAGGGAAUGAGACAGAAAAGGGUGGGAGUGAGAAAAAGAGGGGUUGGGAACAGCUGACCUCUCCAGAACAGGAAAUCCCACCACACAGCAGCCAAGUUGCUUCUCUGGCCUUUUCCUGCAAAGCUGUUGAUCAGGCAUAGGCAAUCUCGGCCCUCCAGAUGUUUUGGGACUGCAACUCCCAUCAUCCCUGACCACUGGUCCUGUUAGCUAGGGAUGAUGGGAGUUGUAGUCCCAAAACAUCUGGAGGGCUGAGUUUGCCUAUACCUGCUGUUGAUCACAGCCCCCUCUGAUGGGGCAGGAUGCUGACUGGAGAGACGUCGUUUUCACCCAAUUAAUUUGAAGGGAGGGCUGAUGGAUGCUGCUGUCACCCAACCAGGCUUGCAAAGCCACUUGAAAAGCAGGCCCCGAAGCGAAUCAAGUCAGCAGGCAGGAGAUGCCAGAUCCAAUGGUGGCGGAGGGCGGGAUGUAGGUAGGUAAGAGAAUGCCUUGACACAAUGAGCUUUGCAGCGCUGCUGAAUGACAGGAGGUGCGCCCAAUAGAGCCGUACCUAAAGUGGGAGCCAGGGUAGCAAAGAAACACGCCCCCCCCCUGACAUUUUGGCAAAUUUUAAAACUCGCCCAAGGCAGGCAUUUUACCCCUGGAAAAGAGGACAUAUCCAGAAAAAAAAUAAUUUACUAUUGUCUAAAUUAUGCCAAUAAAGGCUGAAUGAAUGAAUGCAGUACAAUCCCCUGCAAGGCAGAAUCACAGCAAAUCACAUAUUGCCAUACAUUUAUAGCUGGCAUGUGUGAAAAUCUUCUGCACCGCAUGGAAGGAUGAUGCAGGCUGCUUGGAUCUUUAUGGCCUCUUUGUUUGCCUCCCUCACAGAACCACACACACAUUUUUCUUACUACUCCCUAAAUCAAGCUAUCUGUGAGCCUUGAUGUGCCACAUUAGCCUUGUGGCAGGUCACCAUACACAGCAGGGGCAGACACUGGUAAUAUGAUGCCCUGAACGAAGACACAAUUUGGCGCACCCCCAAAAAUAUUUCUUAUUUUCACAAUAGUUUCUUUGGGUACAGUUGCUUUUUAAAUGGAUCUUCUCAGUAGGUUCCCGUAUAAAUAUGUAGUUGAUGUAGAGUAUGUUUUUAACUUUUUAUGGUUCUAUGCUUUUAUUGCUGUAAACUUCUUUGAUUUUUUUAUGAUAACAGCAGUCCAUAUAUAUUUUUAUCAAUAAAUAUGGAAAGGUCUGGGCAGUAUGUUAUUAGUGUUGCCACAGGAUGAACUUGAUAUUGAACUUGGCCUUGGGGAAUUUAUUCUGUAAAUGGGGCACCGUACCCAGAGGCCUUCUCCUUGAUCACUUCCAAUGUAAUGAGGACACUGGAUAACUUGUUUGUUUGUUUGUUUGUUUUAUUGUGUUUAUAUCCCGCUAUUCUUCCAAGGAGCUCUUCAAAGUUCUCUUCCUCCCCAUUUUAUCCUCACAGCAAUCCUGUGAAUUGGGCUAUGCUGAGAAGCAAUGAUCGGCUGAAUGUCACCCAAUGAGUUUCAUGGCUGAAUGGGGAUUUGAACCCUGGUCCUUCACAGGUCCCUAGUCUGGUGCUCUAACCACUACACUAUACACUGGUUAUUAUGUGUGCUUCCCUUUGGAGCACCUGUUUUGCUGCUGUGAGAACAGGAUGCUUGGCUCAAUGGACCUUUCGCCUUAUCCAGUAGCAGAGCUCUUCCAAAAGUUCCUUCUUUGGUUAUCCAGGCUCCAAGCUCUUUAAGGCUUUGUAGUAAACCACCAGCACUUUCAAUGUGAUUCUGAAUGUCACAACAUUUAUAAUAUUUCUGUUUCAUAUAACUUGUAAACACCUUUCCCUUGUUAGUUAGAAAUUAAUCCAUGAGCACAGGGAAUUCUUUUACUGUAACUAAAUGAAUGUUUGGCAACAAUUCCAGGGGCCAGAUCAAAUUCCUUCAGCCCUGGAGGGCCCUAGCUACCUCUAAUUUAGCACAAUAGCAUCCUACAUACCUGUUACCUUUUGUGGACCAUUAUUCAGGAAUUAUGUUGCACCUGCAUGCUUGGCCACCUGAAACCCUGUUAGCAUGAACUUAAGGGGAAAUGGGUUCGGUGCUUGGGAUUUUUAUUAUUUUCUGAUAUGUCGUUAACAUAUGAAGAGGUUGCUGGAUGAGGCCAAUGACCCAUCCAGUCCAGCACACUGGUCUCACAGGAGCCAACCAGAUGCCCCAAUGGAAAGUUCUCAAGCAGGAUUCAAGCACAAGAGUACUUUCCAGUAACUGGUACUUCAUAAGCUUUAUGUCUCUGACUGUGGAGGCAGCGGGCUGCGGCAGAGGCUGGGCACCCACAGUGAAAAUUUUGUGUGUGCCCAGGCACCCAGGGCCCCCUGGAGUUAGUGUCAGUGGCCCACUGAAUGAGCAAUGAAAGCUGGGCUGAUUGCUGAAGUGAACUAUUGGCACGCAGAUGGUGAUUACCUAGUCAGCGGAAAAUGGUUCUUGGCUGUUGCAACAAUGGCUAUAUUUUGCACAGGGCUUUCAUCUCCCUAGAGAGCAGCCUAAUCACACCCUCCCUUCUCAUACCAUGCAGAAGCGAGGAAAAAGUCUUUCUUUCUUUCUUUCUUUCUUUCUUUCUUUCUUUCUUUCUUUCUUUCAUUUCUUUCUUUUAUUUCUCCACACCCUUUGUCUGCUUUGCCCUGCCUUAACUUCCUUUUCUGGGUUUGCUAUGACACUCAGAUUGCAUUUUUCAGGUUGUGCUGGAGAAAUCUCUCUCCCCACUGCCUGCAAAAAGAAGGGGGGGGGGGAGGUUUCAAAUGUGUGCAUGGAAAACCGGUCAGAAGUAGUGACUGUUUUGAGCACAUAUCACUAGCAUGUCUGUAAAUAUUGGUGUAAAACUUGUAAGACUGUAACAAGAUCCCUGCUUGAUUAGGCCAGCAUCCUGUUCUUACAGUGGCCAACCAAAUGCCUCUGGAAAACCUGCAAGUAGGAUCCAAGCACAAGAACAACCCUCCCUGCAUGUGGUUCCCAGCAACUGGUAUUCAGAAGCAUUACUACUUCUGAGUGUGAAGGCAGAGCAUUGCUGCUGUGACUAGUAGCCAUUGAUAGCCUUCUCCAUGACUUUCUCUAAUCCUCUUUUAGAGCCAUCUUUUCUUGCCCUGCCACUUUCCCUGCAAAGACCUGCACUUUAGGCGCUGAAUUGGAACAAAUGGCAAUUAAGGUUUUCUGCCAAUUGCCCUUCACUCCAAUUCAGAGGUAAAGAGCAGGUUUUCACAGGGAAAGUGGGGAGUGGGGGGAUGUUCUCAGACAUGGUGCUUUAAGCUCGGACCUGUGCUUAGAAACAUGGCACGAAAGGAAGUCUGGGUGAGCCCUGAGAGUAUGGACAGCUGUUUUGUUGACAGUAUAAUUAGGGAUCUUCUGUUCUGCAGAUCAAUUGGUAUUGUGAGGCUGUCAGCAAAAUUAACAAGUUCAAAGCCUCAGAGGACAAUUAUCCUUUUUUAAAAAAAACCCCUCAAAGCAAAGGGUAAUGCCAUUGCCGCAAAUGCAGAUAUUAAGAACAUCAGAAGAACCUGCUGAAUCUAGCCCAGAGUCCUGUUCUCACAGUGGCUGACCAGAUGCCCCAGCAGGAAACCUGCAAGUAUGACCUGAGCACAAGGGCCUUCUCCCCUCCUGUGGCUCCCAGCAACUGGCAUUCAGAGGCAUUACUGCCUCCAACUGUGGAGCCAGAGCAUGGCCAUUGUGGCUACUAGCCAUUGACAGCCUUUUCCUCUUCCAUGAAUUUGCCUAAUCCUCUUUUAAAGCCAUCUAGGUCCUGCCUCCUGCAGGAGGAAGUUCCAUAGUUUUAACUCUGCCCUGCCAACUUGAGUGUUGGUUAUAAUAUCGAUGAAACAUUUUUGCCCAUUUCUACAAAGCUCUUUAAUCUGGUUCCCAGUAUCACUGUUCAUUUGUAUUUACAAAUACUUAAGAGUUGGAGACAGUGUGCUAUAAUGGUUAGAGUGCUGGGUUAGGACUAAAGAGACCAAUGGACACGUUCCCAUUAGGACAUGAAGCUCAUUGGGUGAGCUACAGUCACUCAACCUGACCUCCCUCACAGGGCUGUUGUAAGGAUAAAAUUUAAUGUAAAUUGAAAACAGCCUUUGAAUGCUUUUCAGCAGAGGAGUGGUGAGUGACCGUGAGCUUCUUUCUCUCUGUGUGUCAACAACACAUGUACCCCCUGCCACGUUGUAUUUACCCUGCAGGGUUCUAGUUGCAAAAAUUUAGACACUCACUUGAAACACAGUGAGGACAGAACCCUCUGUGGCAGAAAAGCAGCUUGCCAGGGAGGGAGUUGUUAUUUAGUUGAAAAGCUGCCAGUGGAUAAAGGGUCAGUCUCACCCACCCCCCUGCUUGAAAUCACAGCCCCAGCUUUGCUAUAUCCUGUUUUUUCCUGUGCAUUUGAAAGCUGCCUUAGAAAUUAAGGCCAGAUGAAGGAUAUGCAAAAUGCUGAAUCAGUAAUUAAAAGCUGCAUGUUAAAGUUAAACACUGGUGGUUGUUGUUUUAAGCACACUUUCUCUGGCCAUCUUUAUUUUGCAAGAGAAACAGCUGAAAAGCCUCCCUCCACAUACAUUUUGUUCCAGGGUGUCAUACCAGUUUCCCCUCGGAAAAUCUUGGCUGGGGUUGCUAUCUGCUCCCCCAGAUGCAGUUGACUAACAGCAACUUCAAGAGCAAAUUGUGGUGGGGAGGGGGAAUUUUGGCAAAAAAACAGACUGGACUGCUUAUCCUUCAAAACAAGAAUGGCCAGCUUAAACAUGCUUUUUUCAUUUUCUUUUUGUAAGGAGUAUUUACAAAAAAAUCAACAUUGUCUGAUUCACUUCAGACCAGUGCUAAAAUUCUGCAAUGGUUUUGCAGCAUCCUGAAAACUGUGACUUACUCAGCAUGUGGCCUUUCUGGUCUCUUCAAAUCCAAGGUUGUGUGGUUGCCUCCAGAGCUAUUGUUUUUUAGGCAUCCAUGCAAACUCCCAUCAUCUUCUCUUAAAUUAUUUCUUGAAAUGUGUGUUCAUGUGGGAUAAGAGGUUGAAUUCAAUUUGAAAGUGCAAGAAAAAAUUAUUAGAAAAUACAACAAAAGUGCUAACUUUAUCAUCAGUGAAAAUAAUGGAAUAAAACCCAUGUGUGAAUGCAGCCAUAGGAAACUCAAAUUCUUGGGCAUUCAGUUACAGAUCUUAAAGUCAUAAACCUCAGAAACACAAGAGCUUAACUUCAAAUAAUAUCAGGAUAGUACAGGACUCCAGUUAGACUAAAAAGAAUACCAAUAAGAUGAUGGUUUAUAAUUGUUGUAAAAUCAGUUACUUAAAACUCAUUUCUAUUAUAUGUAUUGUGUGUGUGCGCGCGCGCGCAAAAGUUCAUGCCAUAACAAGAACGGUUGUUAAACUCUCACAGACACUUUGUUGUUUAUUCAUGCAAAUAUUGCAAUGUGGGAAUUUGAGUGCUGUUAACUACAGUGGCAGUAACUGGGAGCCCUGUGUGAUACAAGCUGGAAGUUUCUAUCUAACAAGUGAGUUUUCUGUUGUGCCUAGAAACAAACAGAAUGUUCCUGAUGUUUGGCUUAUUCCUUCAGAGAAGCUGAACAGCUGGUUCAAACUGGUUCUGUUAUUUCUUUCUCUCAAGGUCAUUGUGCCCUAUCAUAAUAGGCCAGAAGGAGCAUGGGUUUCACUUUUAUGUCUCUCUUUCCUUCUGGUGUGGUGUUUUGUACACAGUAUGCUGAGUGUUAAGGUUUUAGUCUUAUUGUAAGUUUAAUCUAAGUUGAAGUUUUUUACUACAACUGGAUUUCCUAUGGAUUGUGCCGAUCCUGAAGAAUUGAAUUUGUGACCGCUAAGCUCAUUUGCCUUCAGUAGUGAAAACUCUACUGGGUGAAGUUAAUUGCCUCUGGUUUAUUUUUGGGGAACUCUGCAAGGUGUUUUAAGUUUUUACUCUGCUAACUAUACGUUGAGGUCUGCUCUGGAUCGAUAUGGGGCAGAUUCAUGACAACGUGCCCCUGCCCCCAAUAUUUUAUUCCAGUUGGCACCCCUGUCAGUGGCUGACUUUUUCGCCCACAUGGACAUGACUAAACAAAUGGUGUUUAUUAAAUGCACAGUAAUUAGGGAAUUGAACAGUGUGUAAGUUGUUUAGCCUGCUGGUGGUGUAAUGUAAGAGGAAUAUUUGACGUCAUUGGGAGAGUCAAAAUGGCUUCAGGAUUGCUCUCCUGUACUAUUUCAGAUACAUGGUUUGUAUACAGGUAGGUAACCGUGUUGGUCUGCCGUAGUCGAAACAAAAUAAAAAAAUUCCUUCCAGUAGCACCUUAGAAACCAACUAAGUUUCUCAUUGGUAUGAGCUUUGGUGUGCAUGCACACUUCUUCAGAUACUUAUAUAUACUUAUAUAUGUGUGCAUUUAUGAAUACUUAUUCUUUACAUGAGACCUUAGAAUUCUUACACCUCCACCAAUUUUGUGUGUGUUUUCUCUGUAAUUUCCCCAUUUGAAGGCUGGAUUAGCUCAGUUUUUGAGCUUCAUAGGCCACUCCUGAUCACGCACCAUUUUCUGCAACAAAGCCAUCUAGCAUAAUCCAUGGCUGAAUGGACCCCCCCCCCCUUUGGAGUCAUAAGGCGCAUAAAAAGACACAAGCAGUUUAGAGCCCUGUUGAAAUGCUCUUAGCUUGAAAAGAGGCCACUUGGUGAGAAGAAUUCACUUUGACCCUCCCACACCCAAAUGCUAAAUCUUGUUUGUUUGCAUGUAUUUUAACUUCUGUCGAUAUUUGUAGGGACCUUUCAAACAUUGAUUAUGGAUUAUCAGGGGGUUGGAUUAUGUUUGUGCAUAAACUGAAAUUGAAAUAUACUCAUCGAGUCCUAUACUGAUUUCAUGCUUUUUAUUGCAGCUUGUAAAACAGUGAUUGAAUUGCCCCCCAAACCUCAGGCUUUUAUAUACAUUAUUUACACAAUGAGUCCCGUCUGAUUGGCUGAUUCAGCUUCCCUCCUGGAGCCUGAUUGGUCUUUUCCUGCAAGCCAAUCAGUUGUUGCAUUCUACGAUCCUACCAGCCUAAUAGGCUGAUUAACUUCCUCCUGGAGCCUGAUUGGUCUUUUCCUGCAAGCCAAUCAGUUGUUGCAUUCUAGGAUCCUACUUGCCUAUUGUUCUAGGAUCCAAGCUUAGUACAUAACAGAAAUAUUUGCUAAGCUUUUCUUCCCACUGCUGUGAUUUAAGUGCACCAGCAGAUGUAGGGCAACAGCUCAGGUGUCUCCCAACAUUUUGCCCUCUGGAUAGGUGGACUGUAACUCCCAUCAUCCCCAGCAUCAUAUGGCCAUCCUAGCUGGGGUUGAUGAGAAUUGUCACCCAGUGCAAGAGGCAGUGUGGUGUAGUCCUUAGAGUGUUGGAUUAAGACUCAGGCCAAAAAUAACUGAAAGACUGCCUACUUCCCUACAGACCCUGAUCAGGAAAGGGGGCACUCUGGGUAGUUCCUCCACCCUCAGAGGCUAGGGGUGGUCGUGGCCCAGGGGGAGAGGGCCUUCUCCAUGGUGACCUCCUAAGCUGUAGACCUCCCUCACCACAGAGAUGCGUCUGGCAUGUUUUAAACAUUGUGUUUUAAUUUAGAAUGAAGGGCAGGUAUUGGAAAAGAGGUGGUCAGGGAACACCUAGCUACUUUAAAUGAAAUCAAAUCUCCAGGGCCCGAUGAGUUGCACCCCCAAGGGUUCUAAAGGAGUUUGCGGAUGUAAUCUCAGAGCCUCUGUCUAUAAUCUUUGAGAAUUCUUAGAGAACAGCUGAGGGGUGCCACAGGGUUCUGUCCUGGGCCCAUUGAUGUUCAACGUCUUUAUAAAUGACUUGUAUGAAGGAGUUGAGGGGAUGCUCAUCAGAUUUACAGAUGACACCAAACUGGGAGGAGUCGCUACAGAAAACAGAAUCAGAAUUCAAAAUGACCGUAACAGAUUGGAGAACGGGGUGUAAGCUAACAAAAUGAAUUCCAAUAGGGACAUAUGUAAGGUUCUACACUUAGGCAGGAGGAACCAGCUUCACAAAUACAAGAAGUGGGAUGACCUGGCUUACUAGCAGUACACGUGAAAAGGAUCUAGGGGUCUUGGUGGCCUACAAGCUUAACAUGAAUCAACCGUGUGAUGCAGCAGCAAAAAAGGCUAAUGCUAUUCUAGGCUGCAUCAACAGAAGUCUAGUGUGCAGAUCAAGGGAAGUAAUAGUGCCACUCUCUUCUGCCUUGGUCACACCUGGAAUACUGUGUCCAGUUCUGGACACCACAAUUAAAGAAGGAUCUUGACAAGCUGGAAUGUGUGCAGAGGAGGACAACCAAGAUGAUCAAGGGUCUGGAAACCAAGUCUUAUAAGGAACUGUUGAGGGAGUUGGGUAUGUUUAGCCUGGAAAAGAGGAGAUUAUAUUUAGAUUACAAAUGGGGUCCUGAGAGGUUGAGCGCCUUUCCAGGUCGGCCCAACUUCAAAAUCUGUCUUUGAGAGGGGGAGGGGCGGGGCACUGCACUGCACGACAUGGCACAUCUCUUCUCUUCUAGCAUAGCAAAAAGAAAGAAAACACAGCACCAGAAAUUUAAACCAGAAAGUGUCAUUGAUCGGCAGGACAAAAGUACAAAGCAGGCCCGCCGGCUUGGCCCCACACACCUAGGCACAUUUUUGAGAGGGGUCAUGAGCAGGCCUCAUUGGAGCCUGGCUCCUCGUUCCUCGUUCGGCAGCUCCGCUAUUGGGUCAGACAUGACCCAGGGACAGAGUGGAGAAGAGGUGGCGGCAGCAGCAGUGUUGUCACCCCUGUCCUGCAUUGGGCUGCGCAUGAGAGAGAGCAGCCAUCUCCCUCACACCCAGCCUCAGCUCUGCUUAGGUGGAAAGUCGCGGCCUGCACUGGGCGGAGAGGAGGGGCAAUGGCAGCUGUGUUGCUGUGGUGACGCCUCUCUCCUGUACAGGGUUGCUCCCAGCUGCAGCUCUGCUCCUGGAUCAGGUUUGACCCGGGAGGCGGAGAGAAGGAGGAGAGUCGUGGCAGUGUUGUCCUCGACUGUGCAGCGCUGCCUAGGCAGCAUUCUCAUGCCUGGCCAGACCACGCGCCCCUUGUUGUGGGAGCUGGAGCACCCACAGCCCCCCCCACACACCUGGCGACUAUGGUACAUAGGCACAGCACACUACUGGAGGCAGUGAUGGAAUUCUUUGGCUUUAAAAGAGGAUCUGACAAAUUCAUGGAGAUUGAUGGCUACUAGCCAUUAUAGCUAGGGACACAGGUGGCGCUGUGGUCUAAACCACAGAGCCUAGGGCUUGCCGAUCAGAAGGUCGGCGGUUUGAAUCCCCGCAACGGGGUGAGCUCCCAUUGUUUGGUCCCUGCUCCUGCCCACCUAGCAGUUCGAAAGCACGUCAAAGUGCAAGUAGAUAAAUAGGUACCGCUCCGGCGGGAAGGUAAACGGCGUUUCCGUGCGCUGCUCUGGUUCGCCAGAAGCGGCUUAGUCAUGUUGGCCACAUGACCCGGAAGCUGUCUGCAGACAAACGCUGGCUCCUUCGACCUAUAGAGCGAAAUGAGUGCCGCAAUCCCAGAGUCGUCUGCGACUGGACCUAAUGGUCAGGGGUCCCUUUACCUUUUAGCCAUUAUAGCUAUGCUCUGCUUCCAUGGCUGGAGACAGCAGUACUUCUAGAUAUCAGUUGCUGAUGACCCCAGGAAGGGAAAGUGCUCUUGUGCUGGAAUCCUGCUUGGGGGUUUCCCACAGGUAGUUGUCUGGCCACUGUGAGAGCAGGAUGCUGAACUAGAUGGGCCAUUGGCCUGAUCCAGCAGGCUCUUAUGUUCUCUGUUCUUUUCCAUCUCUGUUUUGCUCAUGCAUGGUGACCAGUGACUGUGGUGAGGAGCUAUAGCUUAGGAGUUGAGCAGAAGGCAGCAGGUUCAAGCCUUACUCCUGCAGUUGAAAGCUUCAGGUGGCAACAUAUAAGGGGGGAGGGACAUGUUGGAGACCACAGAGAGCUGUUGCAAUAUCCAGAGAUGGCUGUAAUGGGCAAGGUCAGUCAGUGGUCUGACUCAGAAUAAGGCAGCUUCAUCUACCUUCUCCCCAGUGCCAAGAAUUGCUGCCUUUUGAAGGUCUCCCUGCACUGUAAUUGUAAGGAAUUAAAUUGGUUGAGAUUGGAUUGCUAGCAUGGACUGUGAGUUAAGAGUUUGUGGGAAAGGCGAAAGCCCCACCACUACCACUUGGAGAACCAUUUAACAUCAUAUGCCAACCUGAUGCCCUCCAGAUGUUUUGGCCCACAUCUCCUGGGGCUGAUGGGAGUUGUCCAAAACAUCUGGGGAGUGCCCAGUUAGCAGAGGCUGCAUUAAGUAAAGGAAGUGUCAACCCAGUGAUUCCUAAACUUUUUGGGGCCACUGCCCUGUUGGAUUCAUAAAUUCAUCCUAAGUGCCCCCUACCUUUUAAAAGCAUCAUUCAGAAUAGUGGUUUGCGUGACUCACUAAAGAAGAUAAUAACGCAAUAAAAUUCAAAACAGUAACAAUGAAUUGCACAUUUAUUCAAAGCCAAAUUAAAACUUUAAUUCAUUUGAUAAACUUGAUCCAGUGUUACCAUCUUUUCAUAACCUGAUGGUUAAUUUUUUUCAUAAGUUUUUAUUGGUUUUCAAACAAUUUAGCAAAUUCAUUUCAGUUUCAAUACAAUAUUCUCUUAACAUUUUGACUUCCCAUCCUUAUUUCCAUGAUGUUUCUGUUCAAAUUGUUCAUCUACUGCCUUAAAUGCAAUUUUUUUCCCCUAUAACAUAUAUCCUACAUUACAUUUCUUUAUCAUUCUCAUUCCUUUGCUUAUAUUUCAAGUCCUUUGUGUGAUUUUAUUUGACUAUAGUAUUUUAUCACAUAAUCUGAAAAGGGUCUCCACUCUUCCUCAAACAUUUCUUUUUUUUUUUGGUCUCUUAUUUUUGCCAUUCAGUUUUUCCAUUUCCACAUAGUCCAAUAAUUUCAAAGUCCACUCCUCUUUUGUUGUAACUUCUUAUUUUCAUUUCUGUGCAUACAGAAUUCUGGCUGUAGUGGUUUUUCUUUAACUUCUAGCAAUCUUAAUUCAAAUUCAGAUCUUUGGUCUAUAAAACCAUAUAUCCCAUCUUUCUUAAAUAAUUGAUUUACUUGGUGGUAUUGAAGCCACCCUGUCACCCACUCCUGGACUUCUUCAUGUUUUUUUUCAAUUCAGAACAAUCUCUGAAAAACCUUAAUAUAUCCCUAUAUGUAACCCAUUAUCCUUCCAUGUUCAACUUCUUUUGCACAGAUGUCUACAGUAUAUUGGAAAUAACCACAAUGGUGCUUUCUUUUCAAGGAGAUUUUUAUAUCAGGUCCACACACUAUAUAAGCUUCUUUUUAUAACAUUAAUAAUAAUAAUAAUAAUAAUAAUAAUAAUAAUAAUAAUUUAUUUAUAUCCCGCCCUUCCCAGCCGAAGCCGGGCUCAGACUGGCUAACAACAGUAAAAUAAUACAGCAUUCUAAAAUCAAUUCAUUAUCAAGAUCUUUCAUGUCAAAGUGCUCUUUCAGUUGAGCUAGGGCGUUAUUGUACAUUUUGACAUCCUUCCAAAAGAAAAGAAUAUCAACAUAAAAUAAGCAAUACAGCUUCUUUUGCCCUUCCUCUUUGACAAACACACAUGGAUCAGCUUUACCUUGCUGAAAACCUAGAGAAAACAACACUUCAGUGAGUUUAGAGUGCCAGCAUUGUGCACUUUGCUUGAGACCAUAUAGGGACUUCUUCAGAGAACAAACAAAUCCCUGUUUUACCUGUACGCCAUCAGGUGGAAGCAUGUAAAGUGAUUCACCUAAGGUUCCGUACAAAAAUGCUGUAUUCACAUCGUGAUGAGAAAUUUCUAGAGUCUCCUCUGCAGCAAGUUUGAGCAUAAGCCUAAUGCUCUCAUAUCUCACGGUGGGUGAGUAGGUCUCGUGAUAGUCUUCUCCUGGUACCUGUGAAAAACCUCUGGCAACCAGUCUGGCUUUGUGUCUGACUACCUUGCCAUUUUGGUCUGUCUUUGCUUUGAAGACCCAUUUACUGUCAAGCAGUUUCAUCCCUGGAACUGUCGGAACUAGCUCUCAUGUUUUGUUCCUCUCUAAGGAAUCAAGCUCAGCCUUCAUGGCAUUUAACCAUGGCUCAGCAUCCUUUGAGUCCAAAGCCUGGAUCUCUUGGAACUUUGAAGGUUCAGAUACCUUCUUGGAGGUAUUAACAGCAGUUACAGCUUUGUCUGCUUUAGCAAAUUCAUCAGCAAAUCUCUUUGGAGGUCUACCUUUUGUGGCUCUUUCAGACCUGCGAAUCAGACGUAAGUCUUCAACGCUCUCCCCUUCUUUCUUAGGAGAAAAGUGGCCUAUAGUGAACAGUGGUUCCUCCAUUUUCUUGAUCAGAGCCUUCAGAGGGUCUCAGAGAGGCCUUAGCACUCUUGAAAUCCUCUGAAUCAUCUGAUUCAUAUUAAGAAUCAAAGAGAACCAUAAAGUAUUUGGCUCCACCCAAAGAGGGUGCUAGUGGACCAACAAGAUCAGCAUGCACUACCUGGUAUGGUUCUGUAGCUUGUCUACCAGAUACCUUACCCUUUGCAGCCAUUUUAACCUUGUUUGCUGUACAUGCCUUAUACUUCAUGUGGUACCUGCAGGGUUUAAUAGUCAUACCUUCAACUAAGGCAGGCAUUUUGGAAACUGCCUCGAAGUUUAAGUGAUCAAGUUUUCUGUGAUGAUCAUGAAUACAACCUGCAUGCAAAACCUUGUUAGUAUCUGCAAUACAAGAAGUUUCAUCCUGCACAACAUCAACAGAAUCAUCAUAAUGCAAUACAAACAAACGAUCAAUAUAAUCAGCAUGCAGUACAAAGUCAUCUUUCUUGGUGAUGGUGCACUUCCUCUUCUUGAAGAAAACGUCUAUGUCCUGUUCAGUCAGCUGCGAGACGCUCAAUAGGUUGUGUGCAGCAUCUGGAACAAAAAGAACGUUACGUAUCGAUGCAUCCAAGCUGUGAAGCACAACCGUUCUAUAGCCUUGACUGGAGAUUGUGUGGUCAUCCGCUUGGUGAAUUGCACCUUCCUGUGGAGUAAAGGACACAAACAGGUGUUUGUUUUUGCAGACGUGCCGAGUCGCUCCUGAAUCGACGAUGAAGAAAGAUCCAGACGUCUUCUGGGCCUUUGGAGUGUAGCAUGAGACCAUAGCCUUGUGUUGUGUUGUCCAAGAUUGGAGCAUUCAGUGUAGUAACUUGGUCUUUUGCUAAUUUUGGUAGAUUUCUCCCCUUCAGAUUUCUUUCUAUUUCAUCCAUGUCCACCUUAUUGCCUUGGUUCAGUCUGGAAUAAAAUCCCUGUCUUAUUGCUUUUUCAUUGUAUGUUAUUCCUUUUUUAUUUUCCAUGCAAGUAGUCUACCUGGUUUAUUUGCAAAUUCAAAAUGUUUCUUCUUCAUAUACUUUAGUUUCCGCUCCAUCUCUUGGAGAACUAACAUUGAGAGCUGAGCUUGCAACAUUUUAAUACCUUGUAUUAUCCUUGUAUCUCCUGGUUUUUCAACCAACCUUUUCUCUGAUAGAGUGAUUUCCUUUAAUAAUUCUUGUUUCUUUUUCUUUUAACUUUUUUUGAAUAGAUCCCUUUUGUAUUUUUUUAAAAAAUCUCAUUACAGCUUUCCCAGCAGCCCCUUAUCUACCUCAAAAUAGUUGGUUAGAACUUUUACCUCUUUUGUACAAUGUCUGUUUCUCAUCAGGAUUUCUUUCAAAAUUAUUAUUUUUUGUCAUCAAUCUGAAUAUUCUUUUGAUAGUGCAUUUGUAUUACUCUUUCUUUAAUUCUCUUCAGAUUAAAGAUAACCAAACAGUCUCCCAGCAGUUGUUUUGCUUUUGCAAAUCUAGAUUUUACUCAAAACACUAUGAAUUGUGGCAUUAACCUCUUCUUUUUGUAGUUCUAUUAAAUUAGCUAAUCCUUUUAUUAUUUUUUCUCUUCUUUCAUCCGUCGAAUCCUCCAGUACACCUCUUUAUCGAAGAGUCAAGUCCUUUUGAUUUAAUUCAAGGACCACCAUCACAUCUAAUCCCUGUUCCUGAAGUAGUUUCACUGCCUUUGUAUAUUCUUUCAUCCUCUCUUGCCCCCUCUUUGUCUAUUUUAUCUCUGCCUGUACUUUCUUUGAAGAUUCCUCCAAAUUUGAAGUUUUGGCCUUUAGUUCUUGCACUGUCUCUCUCCCCCCCCCCCCCAAUUCUAAUGUUUUAUGUGACAAUUCUUUUAUUUCUGUUGUCAAAUUUGCUACUAAUAUAGUAUUUUUAACUGUUUUUUCCCCCAGCCUCUGAAUACCUUCUUUCAUUUCUUUCCUCAUUUCUAAUAAAGUUACUGUCAAAUCUGACCGCUUCCCCUUCUGAGAUUGAACCUUUUCUCUGACCCGGAGUUGUUGGUGGUCCUGAAGGUGGCUUUUUUGCUGUGUUUACCAUAAUGUUGCAAAUAAAGUUGUUAAAAGUUUUUUUAAAAAAGGUUUUAUACUUUUAAAUUCCCUGUUUCAUAAAAUAAAAAUCAAUACUUGUCAUUUCCUUGAAAUGUCAGCAGAUGGUGCUGUCAGGGAAUUGGAGACGGCUAAAGAGGGGGGAGAGAGGCAAUUACAGAGAGCCUAAAACGCUCAUCAGCAGUGUCUCAUCCGACUCAGAGGAGGAAAUAGGGAGGGGGGAGCCAGUGCCUGGAACUAGCUACUCACAGAACAGAGGAAGUAGGAGGCGUGCAUUGCGCAGAUGGUCCUGCUGGGGGAGGAGGAGAAAAAGAUCGCCAGUCGAUUCAUCUGACUGAGCCUGGGAUGGAUGUGCCUUUUGAACUCUUGUAACUGCUUUGAACUUUUUGGCAAUAAAUCUUCAAUACAGAAAUGGCUGCGUGCCGGGAGCGUUAUCUCUGCUAGCUUUGGCAGCAUAAACUCCUUACAGGUGCUAUCGCCCCUUUCAUGGAAAGGGAGGUAAUAAAAAAUAAAAUAAAAUUCCCCUGUAAUUAUUUUUCCCACCACACUGUGUCACUGUCUUUCUAUCUUUUGUCCCUUCUACCACUAUCACUUUUUUCUAUUGUUUAUCUUUCCUGUUUCCAGUUUUUCCUCCUUCACCCAAACACAGUCAUGAGCUUUGUACAGGAUCCCAGAAAGUUCUAUCAAGUUCAGCCUUUUACUCAAAUAGAAAGUUGUAAUACAGUUAGAAAGACAGGUGUUAAACCAUAUAAAUCCACAAUGUUUUUUCCUUUCUUUUCUUCAGCCACUUGCAAAGCUCCCCCGUUAUCCAAUUUAAGGAAAUUUUAAAUACCUUUAACCAACAAAGUCUCCAUUUUCUCCUUCAGCCUCUUCAAAAAGCCCUCCAAUUAAUCCAUAUUUUAGUGAUAAUUCACAAAGCCAUAUAAUCCACACCAGUACAAAAUCCAAAGAGAGGAAAGAAUACAAUAAAAUAUAUCCACACAAAAAAUCACAGCUUCAAAAUCUUUCUCUGCUUGAUGUCAGUCCCCCAAAAUCAGUUUAUUUUCAAGAUUCUAAAUAUAAUCCCAAGCAAUUCCCAAUAUUAAGUUAUAUAAUUCCAGUCUUGCGAUGUCUAGGUCUUUUGGCUUAAGAAGAAAAAGAAAAAAUAUUCUUUGAUAUCAAUUAUAUAGAUCACAAAGCCCAGGUUCCACUUUCUGUCUUUCUCCUUCCCAUUGUUCAGAUUUAAUCUAAGUCCUUUUACAGUUUGGCAGUCUUACCAGAAUAUAAUCACACACACACAAAAUUUAAAAUAGUGCAUCCAGUACUCUUCUCAAUUUCACAGUCUUAGCUCAGUUCUUAUACUGGUAUGCUUAUAUAUAAAUUCAUUAGUGGGUAGAUAUGAGGGGCGCUUAUUAAAGUUUUCCCCUGAUGUACUUCCCAUAGACUGAGACAAACGAAACUGGGCAAGUUAUUAGUCCUCCUCUACAUAGCUACCCUCAAGAGUCACACACUUCUUCCAUCGCUUUAUGCAGCUAUGGAGACCUCAUCUGUAGAAGUUAUCAGGUUGCGUCAGAAGCCACAACUUGACCUCAGAAAUCAGCAUUUCAUCAUCUGGAAAAAGCUUGCCCUUCAAAAAUAACUUCAUGGUUGGAAAGAGGUGGAAGUCCGUUGGUAUGAAGUCAGGAGAAUAAGGGGGUGAGGAAGGAUUUCAUAGCCACAGGACCAUGCUUCCAUCUGAGCAACAUGCGAGUUGUGAACCGGGGUGUUAUCCUGCAGGAGACAGACACCUUUGAGCAGCAUACCACACCUCUCGAUUUUGAUGGCUUUCUGUAAUUUCUGCAGCAGUGUAGCGUAGUAUGUCCUGGUAAUUGUGGUACCCUUUGCCAGGAAAUCCAUCAUCACUACUCCAUGCUGGUUCCAAAAGACAGUGAGCAUGACUUGUCCACUGACGGUUGGACACGUGCCUACUUUGGAGGUGGUGAGGCAGAGUGCUUCUAUUGUUUGGACUGGGAUUUAGUCUCUGGGUCAUAAUGAUGGACCCAUGUUUUGUCCUGAGUAAUUAGUCUGGCGAAGAAGUCAUCAUGGUUUUCGUGACACAUGGUCAAAAAAGCCUGUGAGCAUAGGACUCAUUCUUGCUUCUGGAAAGGUGUCAGCAGCCGGGGAACCCACUGUGUGGACACCUUUCCCAUGUGCAAAUGGUCAUGAAUGAUUUUUUCAACAGAGCCCACACUGAUCUUGACGUCUGCAGCUAGUUAGCAAACGGUUAUGUGGCGAUCCUCCAAAAUGGCUGCCUCCACUUGCCGGAUGGUGUCUUAAUCAAAGGCGGACUGUGGUUGCCCAGGAAUGGGAGCCAUUUCCACCGAAGUCUGACCACAUUUGAACUGACGAUGCCAGUGCUUGACUACAUCAUACUAUGGGGCAUCCUCCCCAUAAGUCCCUUUCAUCUCAUUAAAUGUCUCCCGUGGUGUGCGCCCUUUCAAGUACAGGAGCCUUAUGACCGCUCUGCAUUCAACUGGUUCCAUUAUCAGACGUUACUCCAUGUUAGCACCGGUAGCAAAUAAACUUUUAGGAGUUCUGUUGGGUUGAAAUGAACGACAGACGAGUAGGUAGGUGUCAUACGGGAGGCAUCUCCUGAGCAAGCCCCGGAGAGUCCCUUUUAUUGAAUAUUACCGCGUUUGCCACGUAUGUGCUUGUUGCUGAUUGGUUAACAUAAGUACAAAGCAAGGGUUGCAUAUAAGACAUUAAUCAUUUCAUAUAAGACAUUAAUCAUCGAUAGGUUAAAGGUUGGGAAAAGGAAUGCGCAUGGUUUCCUUCUUAUCAUGAUCGAUGUGGUGCUACUAAUGGACUGCCCGUACCAGGGUGGUACGAAAGGAAUGUACACAGAGGGAUAAGUGCAGAUUGAUAUGGUGUGAACUCAAGGUGAACAGAACGUACCAGGGUGAUGAGGGAAUGUCUUAGCAUCAGCACGGUUUGUGCAGCAUGAGAAGGAGAAAAGCUUAGAAGCAAGACUUCCCAUCAUGCCACAGUCAUGUGCAGAAGCAAAGUUUCCCAUCAUGCCGCAGUCAUGUGGCAAUGCUUCCCUUCAGAGUUACAAAUUACCACGUUACCUAUGGAGAGAUGUAUCAUUAUACGUGUGCAAUUUCAUCCUCCUACAAUAACCAGAAGUGGGUCAGGAGAAAUUUUUAAUGAGCGACCCUCGUAUCUUUACUUUUAUUUACCCCUGCAGAUUUUCUCCAUGCAGUUUGAUACCCAUGUACAGGGGAGCACCUCCUUUUUUCCUCCCUGGUGUGGAUUCAGUUAGUUCCUGAUCAAUAAUUUAAGUCCUUUUACCUUCUCCAAAUUGGUUCCAAAUCCAUUUAUUUCAGAGAGGUUGCUGCUUUGGUGAUGGUUCUUGAGGCCUCUUGCUGUGGGGUCUCAACUGCGGCGUGUGUCUGUGCUCAAUCGCGGCGCUACCACAGCUCCCUCGGGAUCUUUGGGAAUGCUGUGAGAGUGUCCACUGACACCGCUAGACCCUCUGGGACCCGAAAUAAUCCUUCAGGCUUUUAUAGAGAAGGUGCAUCUGCCAUCCACCACUGCCCGUGGCAGACCCAGAAGUCUCCCAUCAUAUUUUUCAAACAGCAUCUCUUUUUUAAAAAGUCAUAAUUAUAAAUAAAUAAGAAUAAAAAAGUGCACCCCACCACCGAGACCAUUCCAUUGUUACUAUCCAACCUCCCAAACUUUCAACACCUCUUGUGAUGGUUUGACCCCUUUCCCCUUCAACAGCACAAAUUAUACAAACACUCUCUAUAUUUCCUCAAAAUCAUUUCCUUCAUAUUCCCCGUCUUAUCUUAAUGGCACACGUCAAUUUAUUGUUAAUAGCUAUAUCCCACACCUCUUUAUACCGUUCUUCCAUUUUAUAUUCUGCUUGCCCCUUCCACUUCCUAGCAUAAUAAUACGUGCAGCUGUCAAUAAAUUUGUAAGUCCUUCAUAGCCUGCAAACCUUCCACCCCAUAUGUCAGGUCAGUACGUGCUCUCUCCUCUGCAAGCAGAAGCGACCACGGCUCGAUGAUUUUUAUGGUCUUUAUUUUACAUUAUGUACAAGUCAACAAGAGCUCACAGUAAAUCAGUCUGAAUUGGCUCAGUCAGUUGCCGUCAAUUAUUUACGGCUUCUUUUCCAACACCUAAACUGUGGGAGUUUUAUGACCCUCCUCUUACUCCUCAGCUGUUUCUCUGUGUGCCUGAAACGUGCUGACAUAAUUCCCUCCCCUCCCUCCGAGUCAGAGCUUAACCCUUUUGGAGUUUGGAGGUCAGUCAGCUCUCCUGUUUCAGUCUUCUGCUCCUCUACCUGUGGAGGAAUUAACCCUUCCCUACUGGUCCCUGCUUCAUCUUCGUCACUGAACCUGCUAUUCUCUACCCCGUCUGGCCCCUGCCAGAUGUUAUCUUCCCUACUCUGUUGCUGCAUGUCAGGAGAUGCAGAACGGUCCAAAUGCGCCCUGACACCACCCUCCUCUCUAAGCCCCUCCCACUCCUCUUCUUCCUCGCUAGCCACCGGGGGGGGGGGGGAGGUGCUGAUUCUUUCAAACUGAUUCUCCUCUCAUUCGCUCUCACUGCUUACUACCCCUUCUGACCACCCUCUCAGUCUCAGUACUGUUUAUGAAACUCUGGAGCAUGAAUAUUGCUCACCAGUUCCUAAGAAUUCUCGGAUAAAUCGUUACCUUUCCAGGCCACUAAAUACUGCAACCUUCUCCUACACCAUCUGGAAUCCAAAAUUUGCUCUACUUCAAACUCUUCCUCACCAUCCAGAAUUACUGGCAGAGGAGGCGCUGCCUUAGCCUCUUGAUACCUAUGUGCUGGAAUGAAUGGUGACAAUAAGGAUCUAUGAAACACCGGAUGUAUUCUCAUGGUACCCGGCAAUUUGAGUCUGAACGAUACUGGAUUAAUUUGCUCCAUUACUUUGAAAGGUCCCAACCUUCUUUGUUCUAAUUUUUGACACCUCCCCUUGAGCAGCAGACCUUUUGAGGACAACCAGACACUAUCUCCUACUCUAAUGUCCCUACCCUCUUGUCUAUGAGCAUCUACUGUUUGCUUGUACACUGCCUUGGCUGCUUCCAAGGUCUCUUUUAACAUUUCAUGGAAACACCCCCUCUUCCUCAUGAGCUGUUCAGCCUCUGUCACUGACAGCAACUCUUCUUGACCCAGAAAGGCCCUGGGGUGUAAACCAUAAUUAGCCACAAAAGGUGUUUGCUCAGUAGAUGCAUGUACCACAUUGUUAUACUAAGGUUACCAGACAUCCCCGUUUCCUGGGGACAGUCCCCGGAAUUACAAAUCAGUCCCUAUACAAAGUCCAUUGAAGUUGAAGAGUGUCCCCAGAUUCAUUGAAAAAAAUAUGGUAACCUUAUGUUAUACGCGAAUGCUGCCAAACUUAACUUCCCUACCCAAUCAUCCUGUUGGUAAUUAGUGUAACAUCUCAAAUAUCUAGCAACUCCAUCAAUUUCUUCCAAAACUGUGAGGUAAACUGUACUCCCCUGUCAGAAAUUAUUCUUGGUGGCAGCCCAUGUAGCUUAAACAAGUGGUCUAUGAACAUACUUGCAGUCUGUUGGGCGGAAGGCACCCUUUGACGCAGUAUAAAGUGUGCCAUCUUAGUCAACAAGUCUACCACCACCCAAAUUAGUUUGCUUCUGUGACACUGGCAAGUCGGUUAUGAAAUCCAUAGAGACCACCUCCCAAGGCUUGUUGGGCGUGUCCAAGGGAAUUCAAUAACCCUGCUGGUACUUCUCUCGAUCCCUUUGCUCUUUGACACACCUUGCACACCCUUACAUAACCCUCCACGUCUUCUCUCGCCGUAGGCCACCAAAAAUGCCUCAUGAAUUGAUACAUUGUCUUGUUAAAACCAAAAUGGCCUGCGGUAGGAGUAUCAUGGUGUUGCCGUAGAACCGUAGCUCUUAAAUUCCCUUCUGGAACAUACAUAGCUCCUUUCUUAUACAACAACCCCUCUUUCUUCUCAAAACCUUCUUCCUUUCCCCUCCCCUGGGCUAACUCGGCUAACUUCUUCUGUGCGAAUGUAGCUGUCUGUUCCCAGAACUCUCUACCACUCAUCAUUGCUGCAGCACACUGCCACUGUUCCGGCUUCAAAAUUUCUCUCAUCACUGGUGCUGCCUUUUUCAUCCUAUAUUCAGGUUUUCGGGACAAGGUGUCUGCCCAGGCGUUUUGAGGCGCCGGUACAUACACUAUCGUAAAAUUAAAUCUAGCAAAAAACUGCCCACCUAAUUUGCCUCUUAUUUAAGUGCCGCACUGUGCCAAUACUCUAAGUUCUUGUGGUCUGUGCGUACCUCCACUUGGUGCAGUUUACCUUCUAAAAAAAAUGUCUCCAAACCUUAAAGGAAUCAUGUAUAGCCAGUAAUUCCUUAUCCCAGAUCAUGUAGUUUUGCUCAUACAGGUUUAAUUUCCUUGAGUGGAAAGCACAUGGCCUCCAAUCCCUUUCUCGUCUUCCUGAAGCAACACAGCUCCUAUCGCCCUAUCCAAGGCGUCUGUUUCUACCACCAUAGGUUUGUAGGGAUCUACAUGCACCAGAUAUUUUUCUGAAGCAAACAUCCCCUUUAGCCUUUCAAAGUCCACUUGCGCCUCCUUGGUCCAUUGGAACACUUUCUUAUCUCUUAAGCAAUCUGUGAGCAGUGUUGUGAUGUGUGAGUAAUUGGGCACAAAGCUACGGUAAUAAUUCACAAAUCCUAGGAACCCCUGCAUGUCUUUCUUGGUUUUGGGCUGUUGCCAUUCCAGCACUGCCUGCACCUUUUCCUUCUCCAUGUGCAUUCCUUGUGGUGAAAUGCAAUAGCCCGUGGAACUGUCAUUUUUCCAAUUUAGCAUAUAACCUGUGUGCCCUCAACCUUCUCAGUACCUUUGUGACAUGUUCUACAUGUUCCUCUAGGCUUUCUGAAUAAAUUAACACAUCAUCCAAGUACAACAAGCAAAAGUUGUUCUGGAUCCCUCCCAAAACAUGAUUAAUAAAUGCCUGAAAGGUGGCAGUCCCUGACUGCAGCCCAAAUGGCAUCACUAAGUACUCCAAGGCCCCAAAUCUUGUAAAAAAUGUGGUUUUCCACUCAUCUCCUUUGCAAAUCCUUAUCAGACUAUACGCCCCUCGGAGAUCUAGCUUGGUAAAAAUUUUAGUCAACCUCACCCUCUCUAGCAAAUCACUUAUGCAUGGCAGAGGGUACGCCCUUGGCUUUACCUGGCAGUUUAGAAUCCUAUAAUCACAUACAAGCCUCCUGUCUUCUGUGUCUUUCUUCUUCACAAAGACAACUAGAGAACCCCCCCUCCCAAGGCAGUAAAUUCCCUAAUGAAACCUCUAUCCAAAUUCUUUUGGAGAAACUCUUUCAGGGCCUGUAACUGCCUGAGACAUGGAAUAUAACUUACCAGUAGGUAGUUUGGCCCCCGGAACCAGAUCUAUUUUGCAAUCAUAAGGCCUAUGGAGGGGCAGCUUGUCAGCUUCCUUUUCACAAAACACAUCUCUAUAAGCUACGUACUGUGGGGGUAUCAAGUUUUCAUCACCAGUGAGUUUUCCCUGUACUUCCGCCCCCUUGCUCCCACUUCAAUAGGCUCACCUAUUCCCAAGCAGUGCUUCUGACAAUAAGAGGAACCAAAGGUUAGCGAACGUUGCCCCCACCCUUGUGGGAAUGUUCAGGGAGGCAAGAGAGGAUAUAUUGUUUAAUUAUAUCCUUCCCAACUUGUGUUAACAAGUUCUACAAUUUAGCAGAGUAAUAGUCCCCUUUAUACUUUCACAGCGGAUAGGUUUGCCUGACUUGUAUAAGCCUCUAAAAUAAGUUUCCUGGUAAUUCCCCUUUAUUCCCUCUUAAAAAGAAUAGACAUGACACAGUCUUGUAUAAAAGUAUAAAAGAGUUUACUCACACAUUCUGUUCACAAAUGGAUCCCAGAAGGCAGACUUAGGUUACAAAAUAUAUACACAUGGAAUCUAUCCCAUAAGGAGAUAGUUCCUUUGUCCUCUCUUGGCUGGAAGCCAAGAAAGCAUCUCAGGCUAAGGAGAUGCUUCUUCGAGGAAUGGAGUCAGAGAGAGAGAUGGCUGCCUCCCCUGAGCUAUUUUGUUACCUGCACAGGUGAGGUCACACCCACCUCUGGUCACAUGUAGAGGAAGUUUGUCCCAGCCCAGGAGGAAACAGGAAGUUCCGACUGGCUGGUCCAGACAUCCCCUUUCUGAGUCCACUCUAGGAAUGUUGUAUUUGACUGUGCUGUGUUUCACACCCCACAACCCUAUCACCGGAUCAUGUCAUGUUAGCCAACUCAUCCCCAGAACCAGUGGGUGUCCCGCCAGUUUAGUCAUAUGAAAGGCCAUCGUCUCUGCAUGGUGUGCCACCUCCAUCUGCAUUGACGGUGUCUCGUAGGCCACCUUACCUGCCAGCAGCGGCCUCCCGUUGAUAGUCAUUCCAGAUAAAGGAAAUGCCAGGGGUCAUAAAAUUAGCUGAUACAGUGGUGUCUCGCAAGACGAAAUUAAUCCGUUCCGCGAGUCUCUUCGUCUUGCGGUUUUUUCGUCUUGCGAAGCACGGCUAUUAGCGGCUUAGCGGCUUUAAGAAAAAGGAAACAAACUCGCAAGAACUUGCAAGACGUUUCAUCUUGCGAAGCAAGCCCAUAAGGAAAUUCGUCUUGCGGAACGACUCAAAAAACGGAAAACUCUUUCGCCUUCGCAUUUUUCGUCUUGCGAGGCAUUCGUCUUGUGAGGUACCACUGUACUCCUGAAUCCACCAGGGCAUGUACUUCUAACCUACUACCAUUUGGGAAUUGUUCUGAAACAUUUGUCCUUUAUGAGAAUCACAACACAAUUCAAUUCUUCGCAUGUUUGAUAUAUUGAGAAUAACUAUAUGUAGGUUUGGCUCAUCGGCAAAGAGCAAUCGCUGAGACUUAUGAUUGCUGAAAUUUUACCAAAUUAUGUAAUGUGGGUAUGAAGGUUUCCCCAUGUGUUUCAUGUCUUUGAAUAGAUUCUACUUUUGUGUAAUCCAACAUUCAAAAUAGGUUAAUUGAUUACCAUAUUUCUUUGUGUCCAUAAUUCACCCCCGGAUUCGAAAGAAGGGGGUGCGGACACUUGGCACGAAGCCCUCGUGUGAGAUCGGCUCUCCCUGACGCUGUCUCCAAUCAGCGCACUGGUUCGCAUUAGCUUGAAAUAUAUAAUUGGAAAUAUAUAAUUGGAAAGAAGCUAAUGCACAUACAUCAAGUGAAGAUCGGGAGUAAAGACUGCUGAUUAAUGGGAUCUCUGGGAGCGGAGCGAAGGGCUGGAUAAAUAAAUCAAGUGAAGAAUCAUCAUUAAAAGACUGGUAUGUCGGAGUGAAACGGAAAGGGGGGGGAGGAAAAAACUUUUCUUUUUUUGCCUUAUGUGAGUACCAAUAACCCUCCCCUCCAGAGAGAAGAAUCGUUGCGAUUAUUAAUCACAAGCAGAGACUAAGAACUGUGUGGGAAUGGAUUACUGAUUAAAGAGAGAACUGGUGGAAACAGCGGAGAAUGGAAGGAAAGUUUUAUGACGCAGCUAAAAAUGGAAUUUCGUGAAGACAGGCUUGCCUAAGGAGGACGAGGGGGAGGAGGACCAGGGUCAUUGGAAUGUGAAUGUAUGGUUUUCGGAACGUUAUCUUGACCUGGCAGGGCCCUCUUGAGAUAUAGAUUGGCAAGCCUGUAAAUCAAUGGAUGGACUGUUCGAAUGUUUUUAACGGAGGUGUGGAAAUGGCGUCUGUCCUUUAUGUGAUAUGAUUUUUGGAGAGUGUAAAACCCUCACAGGAGAUGUUUGUCUUUCACCCGCUUGUGAAGAUUAUCAGAGAUCACAAAGAAAGGAAUAUAUGAUGAUAAUAACAAGAAGAUGAAGAAAAUAACAAAAAGACUAUCUGGACAGAACUGGAUAGAACUGUUUAAUCAAAGCAGCAGCAAGAGUGAUGUUUGGACCCCUUUCGGAGCUUGAAGUAUGGGUACCCCCAACAAAAAAAUUAAAAAUUUGGCUGUAUAAUUUGGAAUUAAUGUGAUUUGGAAUUAAUGUGAUUUGAUUGGCCUGUUAAUAAUUUUUAUUUUUUUUUAAAUAAAAUUUAAUCUUGCAUUUUUGAAUGGCUCAAUACGGCCUGAUAUUCCAGGAGAUUUUACCUUCUGCUCCAAAAUUGUAAUUGAGUAUUCCUUAGUUUCCUUAUGAUAGAUGAAGUUGCCUCUGAGAGUGACCACUUUCCAAUUGUUUUAGAGUUGUACAGAAGCUCUAGAAAUAAUGACCCCUGUCCUCCUAUUAGUACCGAUAAGACUAGUUAUGCCAAAAGAAUGUAUAUAAGUGAUAAAAAUAGGGAGGAUCUAUUAGCAGUAUUUGAAAAUAACCCAGUUAUUCUCGAACCUUUGGCUAACCAAAAUCUGAUGCCUUUAGCAGACAUUGAUUAUUAUUAUUAUAAUACUAUUCACGAAUUAUUUUCUUCCUUUUUAAAUCUCCAGUUCAGCAACAAACCUUCCAAUAAGUAUAAUUGGUUUGAUAAAGAAUGUAUCAACUACAAGAAAGAACUCAGAACCUGUCUAAAAAUAGCCUCUAUCACUAACUCCCAAGGUCUCUGGAAGACCUAUUUUGAAAUGAAAAACGCUUUUAAGAACAUGCUCCUGGGGAAAAAAACCCGUGUUUUCACAAGCCAAAUGGUCCAAAAUUGUUACUGCAUUAGAAAUUAAAGAUACUAAAACCUUUUGGUCACUCCUUUCAAUAAAAGCUACCACUGAUUUUCCUAAUAUAAGUGAUGAAGCUUGGAUUACACAUUUUACCGCUGUUUUUUAUGAUUCCCAAGUUUUUAAGAUGGAAAAUUUUAAACCUUCUUCAGCAAUAACCACACAAUUUCAAAUUACUGUUGAGGAGAUGAAAAAGAUAAUUCUUUCGUUUAAGCAAGGAAAAUCCCCUGGUAUGGACGGCAUCUCAGUAGAUCUGCUGAGAUUAAAUGUGGAAUGGUGGGCCAUUAAUCUUGUCCCGCUCUUUAACUCUAUUAAUCACUUAGGCCUUGUACCUAAAUCGUGGAAUAACUCAAUAGUGGUGCUGAUUUUUAAAAAAGGUGAUAGGAAUUGCCAAGAGAAUUACAGGCCUAUUAGUUUGUUACCAUGCAUAAGUAAAAUCUAUGCUAAAUUCCUGCUUAUUAAACUGGAAGAAUGGAUGCUUACAAAAGGUCUACCUGGUAAGGAACAAGCUGGUUUCAAGGCAGGCUCUUCAACUCUUGACCAGUGUCUAGUGUUAAGUCAUCUUGUGGACAAAUAUGUCUUGAGAAACAAACGAAGACUUUUGGUUGCAUUUGUAGAUUUAAAAAGUGCCUUUGAUUCGGUCGAUCGUAAUAAAUUGUGGACCAAAUUAGAACACCUCGGUAUUGACCCAUACCUGCUUACAUUGAUUCAAAGUUUACACUCCAAUAACCAAAUAUAUGUUAAAGUUUCAAAAGAUGGUAGACUUGUAGGCCCAAUUCUGAAUAACCGAGGAGUUAGGCAAGGCUGUAUCUUGGCCCCUACCCUAUUUAAUCUCUCUUUAUCUAACCUUUCAUUAUUUCUUCAAAAUGUAACCGCUCAUAUUCCUUAUUUAAAUAGUAUCCCAGUUUUUUAUUACUUUAUAACCUCAAAAUUAACUAUGAUAAGACAAAAAAAUUGCAAUUUACAAAGAGAGGGAACCCCAAAACUUGGAUAAUCAAUGGACAUCUAAUACAAGAAGUUAAGCAUUUCAAUUAUCUGGGAAUUGUAUUUAAAAAUAACAUGAAUUGGAACACACAUAUCUGUGCUGCAAUAGCUAAGGCUAAAGUGACAGCUCACCAUAUUAAAUCUCCCCCCCCCCUCUCCUGUAGGAAAUAGAUAUAUUCCAGCUGUAUUGCAAGUGACUGAUAUGAAACUUUGUGCCCAACGUUUAUAUGGCACCCCAGUGUGGAUUUCAGGUGACCUUAAGUGGUUGGAUAAAUUUCACGCAUCCCUUCUGAGGUCAUUAUUAGGACUUGCAAAUUCUGUUAAAUAUGAAUCAAUAUGUUGUGAGUUGGGAAUACUUCCUUUAUCAGUAAGAGUAUGGCUGAGAACCUUGAAAUAUUGGAUCUUCCUGCAUUAUAGAGCCCUAACUCCUAACUCUCUCCUUUACGACCUCUUAAGUGAUAAUACAAUUUACAAUUUAUCAUUAAUUUGUAGGAGAAAAUUGAACUCAAUAGGGCUUCAUCUAGUUGACUUUGAAAAUUCUGACCCCAAACAUACUUGGGUAAUUAUCAGGAAGAAUUUUACAGGAAAAAGUGUUCUCUCCACUCUCGAGGUUGCAAAGCACAGCACUUGCUCUCCUCUGUAUUUAAAUCUCCCUUUGUGUAGAGAUUUUCAAAAGGGAUACAUGACAAAUCUGAAGAAUUAUGAACUGUGCAGGCUGUUUAUGGCAGCCAGAUUUAAUAUGUUUCCCUCGAUGAUAGUAAGAGGAAGAUAUUUAGUUCUCCCAGAAGCAGAGCGUCUCUGCAAAUGUGGUAGGCAGGAACCUGAUACGUUGGAGCAUAUUUUCUUUUUUUGUGAGUUUGGCAUUUAUUCCAGAAGACAAUUGUUACAGGCCUUACAACUUAACAGGCUUGGUUCUAUGCCGCCAACGGUUCAGGACCUGCACUUGGACAGGAAUGAUCAAAUUACUCUAAUAGUGGCUAAAUUUUUGAGUGCUGUCCAUGAGGAAAGGCUGGGCCAUUAUAGAGAGAUUUAGUGGUUCUUGAUUGGUCGGUGAUGUGGUAGUGUUAUACUGUAUUAUUUAUGCAAAUUGUUAUGCCGAAUUCGUAUUUUCCACAAUCUAUAUACGGUGUUUGUUUUAUAAUGUGUGGUUUGCUGUGCCUAAUAAAGGAUUGAUUGGAUUGGAUUGAAAAAAAGGGAGCAAGUGCUUUUAUUUUUAUUUUCUUCCUAAAUAGCUUUCCUCCAUAUUAAAAAGGAAGGUUAUUUAUUUAUUUCUUUAAAUGAGAUUAAGUCUUUGCUUGCUUGCCCUCCCCUUUGAUAAAAAGGGAGAGAUUGGUGGGGUGAGGUUUUUUUUUGGGGGGGUGGCUUCUGUGUCAGGGGGAAAUGGGAGAAGAUUUAACUGGCUGCCUUCUGCUGAAAUGGGAGGUUGGGUACUGUGUGAUAAUGAUGGGGAGGGUGAGUGUUUUAUUUUUCUUUCUUUUUCUUAGUUGCUAGGAGAUGAUGGAUAUUUGUUUUUCAUAUUUCUUUUUUGUAUGUGGUGUAUUAAAAUGAAAUAAAAAUAAAAUUUAAAAAAGAAUGAUAGGGAGGGUACAAGCAAACACGUGUCUACUCACAAGCAAGCCCUACUGAAUUCAAUGGGGCUUGCUCCCAGGAAAGUAGAAGUAAGUUUAGUUGAACUCAGUGGGGUUUAUGCAUGCAUAGAUUGUACUUAGACCUCUGAGUGGGGAAGCAGAUGCAACUUGACUAGUAAAUCACUUGAACUAUUCUUAAAUUAGUUGAAAAUAUGUUAAAUAUAUUAUAUGGAAGUUUAUUUAAUAUGUUUUAUGAAAUCUACUACUUUACAUUUUAAAUCCCUCAACUGCCAUGGGGAUGCGCAGCAAGGCCCUCUACCAUCAUGGGGAGGUGCGACAAAGCUCUCUGCCGCCCCAGGGAAGCGCACCCUCCGUCACUGUAGAAAGGCGUGGCCAGGCCCUCUGCUGCCAGGGAUAGUCGUGGUGUGGCCCUACUCCGUCACGGGGCUGCACGGCAAUGACCUCCUCUGCCGUGGGGAGAACCAAUGAGGCCCUUUGCCGUAGUGGAUAGGCGCGGUAAGAGCAUUAGCUGUUGCAGAGAGGUGCGGUGAGGCCCUCCACCACUGUGGGGAGGCACGGUGGGGGCCUUCUCCUCCACGAGGGUUCCCGGCUAGGCCCUCCAUCGCGGAUAGGCGUGGUGAGGCGCUCCUCCUCCCGCAGGGAUGCCUGGUGAAGCCUUCUGCUUUUGUAGGGAGGCACAGCAGGGCCCUUCAUUGUUGCAGGGAAGCCCGGUAGGGCCCUCCACCGCCGUGGAUAUAUUAUUAUUAUUAUUAUUAUUAUUAUUAUUAAUUUUUUAUUUAUACCCCACCCAUCUGGCUGGGUUUCCCCAGCCACUCUGGAUGGUUUCCAGUAAAAUGCCUUCUAAAAGUCAGAUAGUUGUUUAUUUCCUUGACAUCUGAAGGGAGGGCAUUCCACAGGGCGGGUGCUGCUAUCGAGAAGGCCCUCUACCUGGUUCCCUGUAACUUCGCUUCUCACAUAUAUAAUAACAAUAAAAUAAAUAAAUAAAUAAUUAAAUAAUUUGUACCCCGCCCAUCUGGCUGGGUUUCCCCAGCCACUCUGGGCGGCUUCCAACAAAGAUUAAAAAUACAUUAAAAUGUCAGACGUUAAAAGCUUCCUUGAACAGGGCUGCCUUCAGAUGUCUUCUAAAAGUUUGGUAGUUACUUUUCUCUUUGACAUCUGGUGGGAGGGCGUUCCACAGGGCAGGUGCCACUACCGAGAAGGCCCUCUGCCUACUUCCCUGUAACUUGGCAUCUCGCAGUGAGGGAACCGCCAGAAGGCCCUUGGUGCUGGACCUCAGUGUCUGGGCAGAACGAUGGGGGUGGAGACGCUCCUUCAGGUAUACUGGACCGAAGCCGUUUAGGGCUUUAAAGGUCAGCACCAACACUUUGAAUUGUGCCCAGAAACGUACUGGGAGCCAAUGUAGGUCUUUCAGGACCAGUGAUAUAUCGAGAUAUCGUGAUGUUUAGCUGGUGAUAUAUCAUGCUAUUGAAAACCAGAUAUCGCCCAGCCCUACACCAAGGUGAUAGCCGGGGAAAUAGAGAGCAGGAAGACACUAUACAUGUUUUCUAUGACCUGUAACCUUUCCUGACGUAUGUGGAGAUGUUUUAUGGCUCUUUUUUUGCUGUGUUUGAACUACCACAUAAGCUUUAGUACCGAAGUGCCUUGGGGCAGACCUUCUCAACUGGCACGCUGGGUUGAGGGCUGUCCUAUUGCAAUAGAUAAAAUAAAUAAAAAUGCUGGGUCCCUUAAUCUGGAUGCUGGACCUGAAAUUGUUUCCUUGGUUCUGUGGUUUAUUGAAAAGGUGGUCCCUAACCCAAGUAACAAACGGAGGUGGUGUAGAGGUGAAUUCUGACCACAUUGUCUUUUGAGAAUUUUGUCUCUGAUUCCUCUGGAGGAAAAUUCCACCAGGCAAUCCCCUGGUAGCUUCUUCAUUCUGGCAAAUGCAGAUCUAACUCAAAAGCUCUGUCAAUAGCCUCCAGCAUCUCUUCUUUUUUCUUCCUCAAGAGUUCCACUAAUCCUAUAGGCAGUCUCUCUUUAAUAUUUUCAUCCUUGUUCCACAACUCCACAAAAUCUCAAAAAGGAUUCCUUCUGUCUCAUUUCCAGCAUGGGCAUCUGGUCUGCCAGCUGCUCUUUAUGCACUUGCUCCCUUUUUUCUGUGGCUCAGAUCAUCAGCUUCUUAUAGCAAAAUUCAAGCUUAAACUGAAGAAAGUAAGAAAAACCACUGGGCCGGUAAGAUACAAUCUAAGUCAAAUCCCUUAUGAAUACACAGAAGAAGUGAGGAACAGGUUUAAGGAUUUAGAUUUGGUGGACAGAGUGCCUGAAGAACUAUGGAUGGAGGCUCGUAACAUUAUACAGGAGGCAGCAACUAAAACCAUCCCAAUGAAAAGGAAAUGCAAGAAAGCAAAGUGGCUGUCCAAUGAGGCCUUACAAAUUGCGGGGGAGAGAAGGCAAGCAAAAUGCGAGGGAGAUAGUGAAACAUACAGGAAAUUGAAUGCAGAUUUCCAAAAAAUAGCAAGGAGAGACAAGAAGGCCUUCUUAAACAAGCAAUGCAAAGAAAUAAAGGAAAACAAUAGAAUGGGAAAAACCAGAGAUCUGUUCAAGAAAAUUGGAGAUAUGAAAGGAACAUUUCGUACAAAGAUUACCAUAAUAAAAGACAAAAGUGGAAAGGACCUAACAGAAGCAGAAGACAUCAAGAAGAGGUGGCAAGAAUACACAGAGGAAUUAUACCAGAAAGAAAUGGAUGUCUCGUACACCCCAGGUAGUGUGGUUGCUGACCUUGAGCCAGACAUCCUGGAGAGUGACGUCAAAUGGGCCUUAGAAAGCACUGCUAAUAACAAGGCCAGUGGAAGUGAUGAUAUUCCAGCUGAACUAUUUAAAAUUUUAAACGAUGAUGCUGUCAAGGUGCUACACUCAAUAUGCCAGCAAAUUUUGAAAACUCAGCAGUGGCCAGAGGCUUGGAGAAGAUCAGUCUACAACCCAAUCCCAAAGAAGGGCAGUGCCAAAGAAUGCUCCAACUACCGCACAAUUGCACUCAUUUCACACGCUAGCAAGGUUAUGCUUAAAAUUCUACAAGGCAGGCUUAAGCAUUAUGUGGACCGAGAACUCCCAGAAGUGCAAGCUGGAUUUCGAAGGGGCAGAGGAACCAGAGACCAAAUUGCAAACAUGUGCUGGAUUAUGGAGAAAGCUAGAGAGUUCCAGAAAGACAUGUACUUCUGCUUCAUUGACUAUGCAAAAGCCUUUGACUGUGUCGACCACAGCAAACUAUGGCAAGUUCUUAAAGAAAUGGGAGUGCCUGAUCACCUCAUCUAUCCCCUGAGAAAUCUCUAUGUGGGACAAGAAGCUACAGUUAGAACUGGAUAUGGAACAACUGAUUGGUUCAAAAUUGGGAAAGGAGUACGGCAAGGCUGUAUAUUGUCUCCCUGGUUAUUUAACUUAUAUGCAGAAUUCAUCAUGCGAAAGGCUGGACUGGAUGAAUCCCAAGCUGGAAUUAAGAUCGCCGGAAGAAAUAUCAACAACCUCAGAUACGCAGAUGACACAACCUUGAUGGCAGAAAGUGAGGAGGAAUUAAAGAACCUUUUAAUGAGGGUGAAAGAGGAGAGCGCACAAUAUGGUCUGAAGCUCAACAUCAAAAAAACAAAGAUCAUGGCCACUGGUCCCAUCACCUCCUGGCAAAUAGAAGGGGAAGAAUUGGAGGCAGUGAGAGAUUUUACUUUCUUGGGCUCCAUGAUCACCUCAGAUGGUGACAGCAGUCACGAAAUUAAAAGACGCCUGCUCCUUGGGAGAAAGGCGAUGGCAAACCUAGACAGCAUCUUUAAAAGCAGAGACAUCACUUUGCCAACAAAAGUCCGUAUAGUUAAAGCCAUGGUUUUCCCAGUAGUGAUGUAUGGAAGUGAGAGCUGGAGCAUCAAGAAGGCUGAUCGCCGAAGAAUUGAUGCUUUUGAAUUAUGGUGCUGGAGGAGACUCUUGAGAGUCCCAUGGACUGCAAGAAGAUCAAACCUAUCCAUUCUUAAGGAAAUCAGCCCUGAGUGCUCACUGGAAGGACAGAUCGUGAAGUUGAGGCUCCAAUACUUUGGCCACCUCAUGAGAAGAGAAGACUCCUGGAAAAGACCCUGAUGUUGGGAAAGAUGGAGGGCACAAGGAGAAGGGGACGACAGAGGACAAGAUGGCUGGACAGUGUUCUCGAAGCUACAAACAUGAGCCUGACCAAACUGCGGGAGGCGGUGGAAGACAGGAGUGCCUGGCGUGCUCUGGUCCAUGGGGUCACGAAGAGUCGGACACGACUAAACGACUAAACAACAACAAUAGGAGGUCAGCUGCUUACGUUUCUGCUGUCCGAGGCUUCUCAAUAUGGAGCCAGUUGUGAUGUCUGCCUGCACUGUGCCACUUGGACCUGUCUAAAAUGGGAUCCUCUGACUCUGUCAGAGGCAGGGAGCAGCAGAGUACAACGUGCAUGUUCGGGUUCGGUACGUUUCCACAGCAACAGAAUUCCUGGACUUGCAGCAGAGCGGCACAGCGCAUGCUUCUUGUGUGAGUGAGCUUGCAGAAGAGAGUCCACACACUGUUGUUCCUCUAACAGCUUUAUUUACAUCAGAAUGAUAAAAUAACAAACAGACCAUCCGAGACUGCAGGCAUGGUGUCUCUGCCUCUUGGCAGAAAAAGUAACUCACAGACAAAGAACUCAGCUUUCUCCGAAUGUAGGGAAAAGCUCCUCCCCAGAUGCAGGACACACACAGAGCUGUUAACCCUGUAAGCUCCAAACCUCACAGUGCAUGGGUUAUCUUCAUCAUCCCUUGCAAUCUGGGAGUUACAGGGGGCUGCAUUGCCUUCGCUACUCCCCUUUUUACUCCAUUCGAAUCUUCCUUGUCUUGGUGAAGCUGCUUUCAUGUUUGCGGUUGACCCGGAAGUGUAUAGUCUGAUGGUUAAUAAUAAUAAUAAUAAUAAUAAUAAUAAUAAUAAUAAUAAUUUUAUUAUUUAUAUGCCACCCAUCUGACUGGGUUGCCCCAGCCACUCUGGACACUUCCAGCAUCCCUCUGCUGACACCACUGCCCCUCUGGGUAGUACCACCCACUUUGAGAACCACUGUAUUAGUCCAUUCCAAAAGUUAAUAAAUACCAAAAAGGAAAUGAUAAACUGAGGGUCCAGAAGCUUAAUGUGAGCCAAUCGGGCGACGCAGCAGGAAUAAAAGCUGAUGCAAUUUAAGGCUGCAUCAACAGAAGUCAAGUGUCCAGAUCAAGGGAACUCAUAGUAUCACUUUUAUUCUGCCUUGGUCAGGCCCCACCUGAAGUCCUGUGUCCAGUUCUGAGUGCCAAAGUUUAUUUAUUUAUUUUUAAAAAAAGAUUUUUAUUAAGGUUUCAGUAAAAAGUUAAACAGAAAAACAUAAAAAAGAAAUACACAAAUACACAGUACAUAAUCCAAAAAAGAAAAAAAGUACACAGAGAACAAAAAACAACAAAAGAAACAGAACAAUUAAAAACACUAUCACCUUUUCAUUUCCGUUUUUAAAUUUACUUAUUUUCUGGACCUCCUCAUACCUCCCUCUUUUGUAUUCCAGUCCAAAUUGUUUGUCCAGCAAUUUCUUUUACACUUUUUAAUCCCAAUCUUUAAUCUUAAUGUAAUAUAGCAUUAAAAUUUUACCUCUUAAGUACCAAAUUUCCAUUUCCUUAAACUUCUUUAAUCCUAAUCUUUAAUCUUAGUCUAUCUAUAACUUUAAAUCCUGUACAGCUGGAAACCACUUAUUUUCAAUCCAACAUCACUCUAACAUUCUUUAAUUUUGCAGUGUUUCUGUAGAUAAUCUUUGAAUUUCUUCCAAUCUUCCUCCACCGACUCUUCUCCCUGGUCACGGAUUCUGCCAGUCAUUUCCGCCAGUUCCAUAUAGUCCAUCAGUUUCAUCUGCCAUUCCUCCAGCGUGGGAAGUUCUUGUGUCUUCCAAUACUUUGCGAUGAGUAUUCUUGCUGCUGUUGUUGCAUACAUAAAGAAAGUUCUAUCCUUUUUAACACCAUUUGGCCGACUAUGCCCAGGAGAAAGGCCUCUGGUUUCUUAGGGAAGGUAUAUUUGAAUACCUUUUUAAUUCAUUAUAUAUCAUUUCCCAGAAAGCCUUAAUCUUUGGGCACGUCCACCAAAGGUGAAAAAUGUACCUUCAGUUUCUUUACAUUUCCAACAUUUAUUAUCGGGCAAAUGAUAGAUUUUUGCAAGCUUGACUGGGGUUAUGUACCACCUGUAUAUCAUUUUCAUAAUAUUCUCUCUUAAGGCAUUACAUGCCGUAAAUUUCAUACCUGUGGUCCACAACUGUUCCCAGUCAGCAAACAUAAUGUUAUGUCCAACGUCUUGUGCCCAUUUAAUCAUAGCCGAUUUUACCGUUUCAUCCUGAGUGUUCCAUUUCAGCAGCAAGUUAUACAUUCUUGACAAAUUCUUAGUUUUGGGUUCUAACAGUUCAGUUUCUAAUUUUGAUCUUUCCACCUGGAAGCCAAUUUUCUUGUCCAAUUUAAAUGCCUCCAUUAUCUGAAAAUAAUGAAGCCAGUCUCGCACUUUGUUUUUUAGUUUUUCAAAACUCUGCAAUUUCAGUCUAUCUCCAUCUUGUUCCAAAAUUUCCCAAUAUUUCGGCCAUUUGACCUCCAUAUUGAACUUUUUCAAGGCUUUCGCUUCCAUUGGUGACAGCUACCUUGGGGUUUUAUUUUCUAACAAAUCCUUAUAUCUUAUCCAAACAUUAAACAGCGCUUUCCUGACAAUGUGGUUUUUAAAUGCUUUAUGUGCUUUGACCUUAUCAUACCAUAGAUAUGCAUGCCAUCCAAAUACAUUGUUAAAACCUUCUAGGUCCAAAAUGUCAGUGUUUUCAAGAAGUAGCCAUUCUUUCAGCCAGCAAAAAGCUGCUGAUUCAUAGUAAAGUUUGAGGUCUGGCAGGGCAAAUCCACCUCUUUCCUUUGCAUCCGUUAGUAUUUUAAAUUUUAUUCUGGGCUUCUUGCCCUGCCAGACAAAUCUAGAAAUAUCUUUCUGCCACCUCUUGAAACAAUCCAUUCUGUCCACAAUUUGCAAAGUUUGAAACAAAAACAACAUUCUAGGCAAUACAUUCAUUUUUAUCGCAGCAAUACGGCCCAGCAAUGAAAGCUUCAAAUUCGACCAAAUUUCUAACUCUUUUUUUCACUUCAGCCCAACAUUUUUCAUAGUUAUCUUUAAAUAAGUUCCCAUUUUUUUGCUGUCAUGUUAAUCCCCAGGUAUUUAACUUUCUUAACCAGUGUUAAACCUGUCUCAUUCUGAAACCUCUCUCUUUCAAUCGGUGUUAAAUUUUUCUCUAAAACCUUAGUUUUUGACUUGUUCAAUUUAAAUCCUGCCACUUGACCAAAUUCUUGAAUCAGUUCUAAAACCCUUUUGGUACUAGAUUCUGGCUCCUGUAACGUCAAUACUAAGUCAUCUGCAAAUGCUCUCAAUUUGUACUGUUUAGUUCCGACCUGUAUACCUUUAACCAACUGGUCCCUUCUAAUCAUAUUCAGCAGAACCUCCAGGACCGAAAUAAAAAGAAGUGGGGAAAUUGGGCAACCUUGUCGUGUCCCUUUUUCAAUUUUAAGUUCUUCCGUCACAACAUUAUUUACAAUUAGUUUAGCCUUUUGUUCUGAAUAAAUUGCACUUAUACCAUUCUCAAAACCUUGGCCUACCCCCAUACCCUGUAGAUCUGAGUGCCAAAGUUUAAGGAGGAUAUUGACAAGCUGGAAUGUGUGCAGAGGAGAGUGAUCAAUAUGAAAAAUAUUGUCAUUUACGCUGCCAUUCCACAAAGGUAAAAAUAAGGCCAACCUCUCAAUACAUUUAUUUUCUUGAUUAUUAAGUACAGUGUUUCUCUCAUAUGUAAGCUUUCUCAUUAAGACAGUUUGCAGAGGUUUUCUUAACCAAUCAUUUAUUGGGGCAGGGUCCUUUAUUUCCCCAUUUUUUGUGCAAUGCACUGUUUCAAAUUGUUAGCAGUACAGUAAUCGGUAUCAAUGACUUCAGAAUGAAGUAUCGAAAGGAGAGCUAUUUUAGGGUUUCUUGGGAGAUCAUAGCCUGUACAUAAAAUUCAGUACUUCUGUCCAGAAAGGCAUUAUUUAAAAAAUAAAUAAAUCCCUAGACUCAUCUAGUCCACCCCCUGCCUUAAUUCUGUUACACCUCCAACAAUGUAUGUUUUGGCCAAAAGUGUUACUAAUUCUACAUGGAGUUAAGUACCAGUAGAAUAUUGUCUUAAGAUAUUUCUCUUUCAGGUUCACGCUAAUAAACAUUUUUUGGAAUAUUCUUUAAUAUCCAGUAGUUCUUAUGCAUUUGCCAACAUCUGAUGCUUUGCCCUUCUCUCUCUUUUGCUUCCAAAGGUUGCAGUCUGCAAGAGACCAUGUUCUGCCCAUUGACUAUUACUUCCCACCACAGAAGACAUGCUUGAUCUGUGGGGACAAAGCUUCUGGGUGCCAUUAUGGAGCACUCACCUGCGGGAGCUGCAAAGUCUUUUUCAAGAGGGCAGCUGAAGGUAAAUCAUCUUUUUGUGUGUUUGUGGUGUGUGUGAUUGAAUGCAAAUCAGAAGAUGACUGUAGAUUUCAUUCCCAAUGCACAAAUAUAGAAUGGUGUACCCCUGGCUUGAAAGCAGAACAACAACAUGAGCCAAUGGUGUGAUGAAGCAGCAAAAAAGCUAAUUCUAUUCUCUGCUGCAUCAGCAGAAAUCAAGGGAAAUAAUGGUCCCACCCUAUUCUGCCUUAGUCAGACCCUGCUGGGAGUCCUGAAUUCAGUUAUCAUCAGCACAGUUUAAGAAGUACAGUAUAUUGGCAAGCUAGGAUGUGUGUAGAGGAGGGUGAUCAGUAUGAUCAAGGACCUGGAAACCAAGCCCAAAGAGGAACAGUCAAGGGAGUUAGGAAUGUUUAUCCUGGAGAAGAGAAGGUGGAGAGCUGACAUGAGAGCCAUCUGAAGGGCUAUCACAGGUGAGAUGGAUCAAGCUUGUUUUUUCUUGAUCCAGAAAGUCCUGAACAAAUGCAUUCAAAUUCCAAGAAAGGAGAUUUCAACUAAACAUCAGGAAGAGCUUUCUUACAGUAAGUGCUGUUCAACAGUGAAGCAGAUUCCCUCAGAAGGUGGUGGACUCUCCUUCAUUUAGGGUUUUGAAACAGAGCCUGGAAGGCCAUCUGCCAGGGAUUCCUGAGCUGUGGUUAAUACAUUGCAGGAGUUGCACUGGACUGAGGUCCCUUUCAACUUUACCAUUCUUUGACUCUAUGAUUUCAUUGGGUCAAACAGCCCAGAUUACAUUUUCAAAAAUUCUGUCUUUGCCAGCACAAAUUACUUUAGAAGAUUGCAAUCUUAGUUUUUGCCUGCUCAGGGUAAGGACUUCUCAUCUUGUCUUUAAAGAGAGUUUUCCCUUGAUUCCACCCACCCAGCCCCCCAAAACGGUGCUGCGUUAGGAAGGAUAGCGGCAAUUUCAUUCUCUGUCAGAUUUCCACCUUCAAAUUGCCACCCUCCAAAUCUGGUAAAUUCUCCCCCCAAAAAGCUCAACAACUCUGGGCAAUCUUCCUCUUCCACCCACCCACCCCAUGCAUGCUCCUCCUCCCCCAAAUGACAAUGGGUAGAUCGCAGUCUCUUGGGAGUUGGACGUGCCUGGUAUAGUGGUUAGACUAGGGUGUGGGACACAGGGCUCAAAACCCCAGUUGGCCAUGAAGUUCCCUCGGAGAUGCUGCCUCUCAGCCUGAACUACCUCACAGGGUUUUUGUAAGGAUUAAAUGAGAUGCCAUUGAGCUCCUUGGAGGAAAAUGUUGCGUAUAAAUGCAAUAAAUAAUAAAUUACUAAUAACAGCAACAACAACAACAACAACAGAAUACAGACUUGGGGAGUUUGCAGGGAAAGAACAACAGGUGGAGAGAGACAUUUUCCCACAAGGACUGCAUCUCAGUGAUAGAACACUUACCUGCUUUGCAAGCAGACAGUCUGAGGUAAAAUCCCUUAUGCAUCACCAGGUAGGGCUGGGAAUCACCCCUGCCUGAAAGCCUGGAGAGCUGCUGCUAGUCAGAGUAGGCAACACUGGGCUAGAUGGACCAGUGGUCUGACUCAGUAUAAGGCAACUUCCUAUACUAUCUACCUCCCAUCCUAUUUCAUUCUGGAAAACAAAUUGAUUGCACUCCAAGCAAGAACCAGCUGUCACCUCAAAGACCAGGAUGUGAAGCUUGCUGCUUCCCUGCACAGUUCAGAGCCCAUAUAUUUGGAAACAUAAGUACCUCUGUAAAUCAGAGGUGCCCGGCUGGGGUGUUUAGAGGAAACCUACCUAAUGCCCAUCGUGCUAUUUUAUCCUAAUGUGAACAUCCGCUAAGUGCACUGUUUGCUGGCAGUAGUAAGGCAUCUGCCAUGUUUUUAUGAUAUCAUUUAGCAAAGAGGCACGUCUUGGUCCUCCAACCAAAGCACUUGCUUUUGAGGAUUCAGCCAUGCUGUUCUGUCUGAUUUUUUUUUUGGGGGGUGACCUAAAGAAGAUCCGGCUGUGCUGAUCUCGACCAGCAUCAAAGCAACCAACCUCCAUACUACCUUUAGUGACAGCCUUGAUAAUCGACUUUAGGUCCGAAUGUCUACCUUCCCCUUAUGCAUCAUAAGCAACUGUUCAAGAGCAACUGGUCAAAGCUAGAAGAGUACAUCUCUGUACUCUCUAUACAGCUGUACAGCUCUGCACCCUGAAUCUAUACAGCUUUAUACAGCUGUACGUCUCUGCACCCUGAAUCUUGCAUAAUUCUGGCAGGAAAUUUUAAUGCCAGAAUAGGGCAGAUGGAUCUUGCACUGUACUCUCAUUUUCACGAAAACCCACCUGAACAAGACGAGGCCCAUGCUAUACUGAUUAGACCGUCAAAAGAUAAGGGCUGUAAAUGAUUUCUUAAAAUUCAAAAAAAACCCAGAGGCAUUCCUUCUGGAAAUGGUACAGACCAUAGCUGUCAACGUUUCCCUUUUUUAAAAGGGAAAUUCCCUUAUUCUGAAUAGGAUUCCUUGCAAGAAAAGGGGAAAGUUGACAGCUAUGGUACAGACUGAAGUACCCAAGGGUCAGGAAAAAAUAUUUAUGCAUGCCGCUACAGCAGCUCGGAUCUUCUUAGCUCCCAAAUGGCGGGUGAGUGAGGUUCCUAAAAAGGAGGAUUGGCAAUUAAAAAUGAUAGAAUAUGCAGAGUUAGCAGGUCUAACAAGUAAGAUAAGAGAGCAAGAAGAUCAUGUAUAUAAAGAGGAGUGGAAAAACUUUGUGGAGUAUCUGGAAGAUAAUUGUAAACAAGUGAAAAUGCUAGCAGCAUUAAGGUAAAGUCAACAGUAUAAUAUAUAAUAAAGGAAGAAUAAGGGGAGAAAGUGAUCUAAAUGGAUAUACAAGAAUUUGCAGAAAUGGUGGGAAAAUUAAAGGAACCAGGGAAGGGGAAUGUGAGAGAAAUAACCAGGGGUUGAGGUUACUCUGAAACCCCAGCCCAGUCCACUGGGUUUCCCCAGCCACUCUGGGCGGGUUCCAACAAAGAUUAAAAAUACAUUAAAAUGUCACACGUUAAAAACUUCCCUGAACAGGGCUGCCUUCAGAUGUCUUCUAAAUGUUAGGUAGUUGUUUAUCUCUUUGACAUCUGAUGGGAGGGCGUUCCACAGGGCGGGCGCCACUACCGAGAAGGCCCUUUGCCUGGUUCCCUGUAGCUUUGCUUCUUGCAAUGAGGGAACCGCCAGAAGGCCCUCGGCGCUGGACCUCAGUGUCCGGGCAGAACGAUGGGGGUGGAGACGCUUCUUCAGGUAUACUGGGCCGAGGCCAUUUAGGGCUUUAAAGGUCAACACGAACACUUUGAAUUGUGCUCAGAAACGUACUGGGAGCUAGUGUAGUUCUUUCAAGACCGGUGUUAUAUGGUCUCGGCGGCCGCUCCCAGUCACCAGUCUAGCUGCCGCAUUCUGGAUUAGUUGUUGUUUCCGGGUCACCUUCAAAGGUAGCCCCAUGUAGAGCGCAUUGCAGUAGUCCAAGUGGGAGAUAACUAGAGCAUGCACCACUCUGGUGAGACAGUCUGUGGGCAGGUAGGGUUUCAGCCUGUGUACCAGGUGGAGCUGGUAGACAGCUGCCCUGGGUACAGAAUUGACUUGUGCCUCCAUGGACAGCUGUGAAUCCAAAAUGACUCCCAGGCUGCACACCUGGUCCUUCAGGGGCACAGUUACCCCAUUGAGGACCAGCGAGUCCUCCACACACACCCACCCCCUGUCCCCCAAGAACAGUACUUCUGUUUUGUCAGGAUUCAACCUCAAUCCAUUAGCCGCCAUCCAUCCUCCAACCACCUCCAGGCACUCACACAGGAUGUUCACCGCAUUCACUGGUUCUGAUUUGAAAGAGAGGUAGAGCUGGAUCUCAUCUACAUAUUGAUGGACACCCAGUCCAAACCCCCUGAUGAUCUCUCCCAGCAGCUGCAUGUAGCUGUUAAAAAGCAUGGGGGAGAGGACGGAACCCUGAGGCACCCCACAAGUGAGGGUCCAGGGGUCUGAACACUCAUCCCCCACCACCACUUUCUGGACACAGCCCGGGAGGAAGGAGCGGAACCACUGUAUAACAGUGCCCCCAGCUCCCAGCCCCUCUAGAUGGCCAAAAGGAUGUUAUGGCUGAUUGUAUCAAAGGCCGCUGAGAGAUCCAGCAGAACUAGGAAGCAGCUCUCACCUUUGUCCCUAGCCCGCCAGAUUUCAUCAAGCAGUGUGACCAAGGCAGUUUCAGUCCCAUGAUGAAGCCUGAAUCCCAAUUGGAAGGGAUCCAAAUGGUCCGCAUCCUCCAGGCGUGCCUUGAGUUGUUCAGCAACCACCCGCUCAAUCACCUUGCCCAAGAAUGGAAGAUUUGAGACUGGGCGAUAGUUGGUCAUACUGGCCGGGUCUAAAGAUGUUUUUUUAAGAAGCGGUUUAAUGACCGCCUCUUUCAGUGGGUCUGGGAAUGCUCCCUCACAGAUGGAAGCAUUCACCACCUCACAGAGCCCAUCACCCAGCCCUUCCUGGCUUGCUUUUAUUAGCCAGAAUGGGCAAGGAUCAAGGAGUCAGGUGGUUGGUUUCAUGUGUUCAAGCAGCCUGUCCACAUCCUCGGGGGUAACGGAUUGAAAUUGAUUCCAUGCAACUUGACCAGACAGGGCUCCCGCACUCUCCCGCCCCAGCCCUGCUCCCAUGGUGGUGUCUACCUCCUUCUAAAUAUGAGUGACUUUAUCUGCAAAGAACUUUGCAAAAUCGUUGCAGGAGAUCUUGGGGUCUUUACAAGGCCCCGGUGGUAAAGGUGGUUCCGUUAAAUUGCAAGCCACCUGAAAAAGUCUCCUGCUACUAUUUUCUGCAGAUGCAAUAGAGGCGGUGAAGAAAGUCAUCUUCGCCAUCGCUAUCGCCACUUGGUAGGCUCGAUGUUGAGAUCUAACCCGUGUCCAGUCUGAUUCAGAAUGAGUUUUCUGCCACCGACGCUCUAGCCGUCUCAGCGAUUGUUUCCUUGCCCUCAGCUCUGAAGAAAACCAUGGGGCUGUCCGGGCUCCAUGCAAUCGGAGAGGGCGCUUUGGAGCCAGACAGUCGAUAGCCCUGGUUAACUCCGCAUUCCAGCGGGCCACCAGGGAAUCAGCUGAAAUGCCAUCAACAUGGGAUAAAGCAUCCCCUACCACUCUCUGGAAACCAUUUGGAUCCAUUAAGUGGCGGGGGCGGACCAUCCAAAUUGGUCCCACCUCCCUGCAGAGGGGAAGGGGCGCGGAGAAGUCCAGUUGCACCAGGAAGUGAUCUGACCAUGGCACUUCUUUUGUUUCACUUUUACUUAGUGUCAGAUCACCCACGUCACUAGAGGUGAACACCAGGUCUAAGGCAUGUCCGUGACUAUGAGUUGGGCCAAACUUAUUCAGGGACAGCCGCAUGAAGGCCAUGCUUUCCCCGAAGUCCCGAGCAGCCCCUUGUAAGACCUGGGUUGCUGUGUGUAAGAGAAACCUGGUGGACAAGCAGCAGCUAAGACAGGCCCAUCUGCUUCAUCCAACCAAGUCUCUGUUACACAUGCCAGAUCAAGUCAUGGAUGGCAGUGGUCUUAUUAAUCAUUGACCUAGCAUUACACAGCAACACCUUACAGUCAUGUGGGUUUCCCUUGUUGAUUCCAGUAUCCACCUGGUCAAGACCAGACUUGGAGGCAGGGAUGGUCUUCAAACAAUGACUAAACCUGCCUCCUCGGUAAUGACAUGGUCUGGUCUUAGCGUAACUCCUCCUCCUACCCGUGAUCACUGAGAUUGGAUGUCCCAGUGCAUCCCCCCCGUGCAACUUGCCCACACCAGGGACAGGGAGGCAAUAGCAGAACAACCCCGCACUUCCCCAAGAGUUUGUUCCAAAUGAGUCCAGCCCCAUUCUCUAGGCACUGCCACAGGAGUCCUUUUGUAACUGGGAUUGUGAGGGCCUGGGCCAGUUGGAAAAGGCCUUGGAAGGGAGCAGGCCCUGCAGUCCUCACCACAGCCGAUGGUCCAAGGCCUCACUGCAACAGGAGUCCUUAUGUAGCCCGGAUUGUGAGGGCCUGGGCCAGCUGGAAAAGGCCUUGGAAGGGAGCAGGCCCUGCAGUCCUCACCACAGCUGAUGGUCCACUGGUCACAUAUAAAGGGCAAGAGAUCAAGGUGGAGAGAGAGUUCCAUGGUAGUGAGUGAGCUGGCAACCGAAGCAGCUGUCAAAGCAGGAGCUUGGCUAUUGACAGCAUUUUGCUUAUGCUUUUUCCAUCAUAGCCGAUAUGUAGGUUCAAAGCCUUUCUGAUAUCUGGGGUGGCGUGGUCUUUAAAGAAUCCUUUUAUGAUUACUUCAUGCUGGGGAUUUUCUGGAUCUAUCUCCCUCCCCCUCCCCCGGUUUUUAUGGCUGAUGUAAGUCUGGUGUAGUAGUCUGAUGGGUGUUCAUUCAGUCCUUGUAGGACAGUCUGGACUUUAGUGCAAUUUAUGGUGCGUUGCCCAGCAGCUUUUACUCUUUCUAGGAUUACCUUUUUGAAGAUUUUGAUGUACCAAGCCCCUUUUGCGGUAUUAUAGUCCCAAUCAGGCUUGUUGUACAGAUUUUGCUGUGAGAGUAAGUCCAUGUUUGCCGGUGGUUUAUCUUGGAAGUUUGGCUGUAAUCGUUGAUUGGAGGAAUGUCCGUUAUCAAAAUGAAUAUCCUAACUAAUGUAUUAUUUCUAUUUCAAACCACUCCAUUGAUCAACAAUGUGCACUGCUUUAAAGAAUGACAAAAAGACAUUUCGAGAUUUGUAUAGUAGGGGAAGAAGCUGAGGAUCAAAUAUAAAAUUUUGAUAGAUGUUAAAGAAAGAGGUGGAUUCCCUUUGCCUGACUUACAUUUGUGCUAUGUCACUUCCGGUUUUAUCGCUGCCAUUUGAAGGAGCACAGGAGCAACUCUCCAGAGAGGUCCUGAGCUUUGCGAGGCAAAAAGAGGUUAUGCUAGGGCUCCGCGAACCUCGAAACCUGAGGAGGUAAAUCCUCGGGGCUGGGGGAUCUGGCUGCAUUUCAGGCGACUCUCCUGUGUGCAUACCAGACCUGUCAGGGCUCGGGGAAGAAGCAGGAUUGAAGAUGCGAAUGCUAGGAUCCAUUCUAGACCCGCAAAGCAAUGCCACAGGCUCCGAAAGGCGAAGCGGUGAAGCAUUCUGAGGCAUAAGGUUAAUCCUGGACUUC